AUGGAUACAAGUGAAAUUAGAGUGGCCGGAGAAGUGGAUUAUGAAAAGAACAACAAUUAUGAGAUUCGUGUUGAUGCAAUUGAUAAAGAUCAAAAACCUAUGGCUGGACAUUGCAAAGUGCUUAUAAAUAUUGUUGAUAUGAAUGAUAACCCUACUGAACUUACUGUGACUUCACUAUCUGUGCCUGUUCCUGAGGAUUCAUCAGUAGGGACAACAGUUGCAAUUAUUAGAAUUAAAGAUAAAGAUUCAGGAUCUGUAAGUGUACCUCUUAAGUUAAAACCUUCUCUUAGAGAAUAUUACUCAUUGGUGGUAGAUAUAGAGCUCUGGAUCGCGAGGCUACUACUGAGUACAAAGUAGAUUUUUUUGCUAAAGAUGAAGGUAUCCCAAUGUCUGUUACAAAAAACAUUCAGGUAGCAAUCAGUGAUGUCAAUGACAAUGCUCCAUCUUUUUCACAAACUUCAGAAACUAUAUUUAUCAUGGAAAAUAACCCUCCAGGUUCCCAUGUAUUUAAUGUGUCAGCCAUAGAUUUAGAUAUAAACCAAAAUUCCUUUAUAACGUAUUCUCUUAUUGAUGGUUCAAAUUCCUAUUUCCUCUUAUUUGUCUAUAAAGCCAGAAUCUGGAAAAAUAUUUGCUUUGCUAUCAUUUGAUUAAAAGUAGAUUUAUUUUUUCGUGUCAUGUAAGAGCAACUGAUCCUGGAUUACUGCCACUGAGUGGUAACUUGACUCUCAAUAUUUUUUUAGUGGAUAUUAAUGACAAUGCACCUACCUUCUUCCCACCAGUCUCCAACAGUGAAUCUGUAGUAGCUGAGAUGGUUCCCCGGUAAGCCAAAAGUGGAUAUCUGAUUACAAAAGUAAGGGCAAUUGAUAUGGAUUCUGGGUAUAACGCUUGGCUUUCUUACUCAUUUAAAGACUCUUCUAAACAAACACUAUUUAACAUCCAACAUAAUGGUGGAGAUUUGACAGUCAUGCGACCCACUGUAUAGUCAAAUCCUGAUGAGCAUAAACUCUUCAUUGUCGAAAGGCUCAUGGUCAACCUAUUAUGUCUGCCACAGUAACUCUUAGAAUUAUAUUAGUAGAAACAAUGCAAGAAAUUAAAAUUGAACAUAACCUCAAAGGGGUUCAAGAUGAAGAUUUCUCUAAUCCAAAUGUCUACCUAAUAAUGGCAAUCUUUAUGAUAUCAGUUAUUUUUCUUAUUACACUUAUUGCGUAUACUGUGAUAAAGUGGCAGCAAUACACAAUGGAAUUAAAGGAAUUUAAGCAAACACAUUGGACACAUUCGAUGCAAAGGCAGUACAAGUUAUGUGUCAAUGGAAUUCCAUCUAAAAUUACUUGAUAGUGUUUACUCUAAACUUUAAUCCACCCUCAGAUAAUGAAGAUUCUAAUCAACAAGAAUUCCUCACAGGCUCAUCUGGGAAGGUAAAAUACAGUUAAUUCUACAUUUAAUAAAAUAUAUAUUUUCAGUGAUUUUAUGAAUUUGUUUUAUAGAGGCCUCAAUUUAAUAUUUUUGGUUAAGCUUUUCAAAUAAGGAAUAAAAACAAGAGUAAUAUAACCACUGUAUGCAAUACGUACAACACCCACUUAAAAAGUGUGCCCUCUAUACACCAAUCAACUAGUAAAACUAGACAUACAAAUAAGUAGGGUGUAAGUGAAACAAAUGGUAUUUCCCAGAACUAGGAAGUAAUAAGACCUUAAUCAAUAGCAAAAUGGAUGUUUCCAGAUAUCUAGUAAGGAGACAAAAUUGACAUAGGGUAGUAUAGUCAGGUGUAAGUUAACCCACAAUAUAUAAAUUGCACUCACAAGAACCUGGAUGAAUUCAAGCCCAUCAUGUGUAUAUCAGCGUGUAAGAUGGAUCUGCUCCUGAUCAGGGGUGAUUAUUUUAAGCUUGUAAUUAAAGCUGAAAAAGAAAACUAGUGUUAGAUUACACUUACAAGAUCAAGGCGAAAACCGGCAUAUCUCCAAAUUCAUCGGCUCUAAACGAUGUCGACGGGAUCGGGAACCAGCCGUGUAUAUAGGUAAAACAAUGGAAAAAAAAAAUGUAAUGAAUUCCCAGAGCAAAACAAACCCAGAGUCCCCAAUAAAUGUAUCCAAUGCGUUUUGUCAUAGUCGACUUCUUCAGGGAUAUCUGUCCCCUCAUCAGCACUCUCCACUUAAAUAGUGAUAGUGAUCCUAAGAUGUGUGUCAGCUGUGUCCCGGAAUAGUAGCGUGCGUUUCACGCUGGAACACUUUGCUGCAUCCGGUCUGUGAUCUCGUCAUAUGCUUUUCUUGGACGUCUUAACAAAGGAACAAAGGACGUAAUGCGUUUCACAAUGGAACGCAAGAUCUACUAAUUUUAUCCUAUGCAUUCAGGAUGUAUAGGUGAAAAAAGAGGAUCGAUAUAUACAUAACAAAUAGUUGAAAUUCGGGAUCUCUCUGAUGACCUGUACUUAAUGUUCAAAGUAUGCAAUCUUAAGUAGACUCAGAAUUCAAUUUAAAGGGCCUUGAACCCCCCCAAAAUAUAUUAAAAAAUAUAUAAAAAAAUCGAAUUAAUAAUAAAUAUGAAAAUAAAAGAGUAUAUAUAUAUAUAUAUAUAAAAAAUUUAUAUGUAUAAAACGUGUUGAACAUAAAACAAGGAAAUAUACAUUCUUAAGCUUUUAAAAUGAGUUCAUAUUUUCAAUAUAAACAAAUAAAUAUUUUUUUUAAAAUAUAAAAACAUAAAAAAAGUAUAAAAAUAAUUUCAAUAUAUAAAAAAUGAAAAUGUUUACAAAAAAUUAAAUAAUUUUAAAAGCUUAUGCAGAAAUUUUAACUCAUGUGAAAAGCUUAUCCAAAUAUUAAAUCAAAGUCAUAAUUAGAUAUGUGAAUCACAAAUCUUAAAAUAGUUUUCAUUAUUCUCAAUGGCCAGCGUAUUUGCUAUUGAGAAGUUUUGUGAUUUUUUUUUUAUAUGCACUUUUGAUAUUCUAAUUUAAGCUGUGGAAUUGAUCUAGACAACUGAAUUGUUGUUAAAAAUAAUGGCUUACAAAAAUAAUGGUAUUCUUUAAAAAAAAAAAAAAAAUCUCUGCCCAGUCUAAUAAUUUUUCAGUUACACCUUUUUGAGUGUCUCUUGCUGCCUAGUGACUAUUUUUGCCAAUAGCAAUAAAGCAUUUUUUUAUUUUUAAUUAUGAUACCUAUGCUUAUUAAGUAUAUACUACAAUGAAGUCAUAUUUCCAAUCAACACAGUUGUUGUGGUAUCAUAUUUAAAAAAAUAAUUAUUCUACCAAAAUUGAGCUGAAAUGCAUUUAUCUAAAUGUUAUGAAUAUAGCACUGUAACAUAAUAAAGGUUCUUAUAAUAAUCAUAGUAUUCUUAGUAUAGUAUUAUUUUUGGUUAUAUUCCUGCAGGGUUUUUAAGUAUAUCCGGUGUCAUAGCUGCUAUUAUUGCUAACUACUAAUGGUACUCAUUUAAAUAACGAUAAAAUAAUUAAAGUUGGAGUUGACCAUGCUAGGAACUUGCAAGUAUUUAACCUGUAUAGAUAAUAAAUUUUGUGCAUCAACCAACUAAACAAUGCUACCCAGAUACAUUAGUGUAUUUGCCUUUUAACAUAGUCAAUAAGUAUAUUAAACCCAUUACAUACCAAGGGAAAGCAGGGCAAUUAAACAAUCUGUGCCUUGCAGAUUUUAUUCCAGAAUGAUAUAUCCUUCAUAUUUACUAACAACAGUUAUGUAAAUCUCGCUUGUGACAGAACCAUCUGUCUGUCUAUUAUGGUGGAUUCGUCUAUUUCUGCCCCCUUUCGUGUAAAUGGCUGUUUCUAUAGCCCAGCGAUACGAAUGACUGUUUUUCACCGAACAAAUCUACCGAACGGAUGGCCACCCAGGAUAGAAGUGUGCUGCUGGUUAACCUCUUGAUCCCAAUUAGAAUGUUGCGGUUAACCGCAGACACUUCUCAAUUAAACCGAAUUCAGGGUGGCCAUCGUUCGUAUGUCGACCACGAGGCAGCGGCCAUUUUAAAACACACGAAAGCCCAGCGGUGUUCGGCACUGAUUUCAUGGAACUAAAAACGGACACUUUUUCUGCCGAACACCGCUGAAACAACGGGUCGCCUGGCUGCCUCGAUGAAAGCAUACAAACACCGGCCGUUCGGGAGUUUUACAGCACACGAAAAGACUUAACCCAGAUAGCCUUCCCAUGGAGUCAAUCGCAUACUGAAAGACUGUAAGGACUUUGACUCCAUGGCGAUUGAACUACGCGUAUGGGAUCUGAGCGCUAUUCGCCAAUAAUAUGCCCUCAGAUCCAGGCUAUCUGGGGAUAUGUGAUGUGAAUGUGAAAUGUUCGGUUGUUAUAAAGUUAUGUAUUUUCAUGUAUUUUCUGGUCUUUUACUUAAAAUGGCGAUGGGUCUUUGUCCUGGAGAUAAUUGAAUUACUUCCCAAUUAUCUCCAGGGCAGAGGGGAGGUAACCAUACUGCAUUGUGGGAAAAUCUUGUGACUGUAUGUCUGAUAUGUCCUCCUGUACAUCUGUAAUUCCAGUCUCCCAUUUGGUCCCCUAGGGGAGUGUCCACCAAGUGGGAGACCUGCAUAAAUACGGGCAGAUAGCCCACAGUAAAGCCCGAUCCUGUUUGACCCUCAAUGCGGAAGCUUCUGUCUCAUUAUUGGGGGGAAUUAUUAUUUACGCCUAGAGACUGAUUAUUGGAACCGAAAGCCGCUCGGUGGAUAUCGUUGUUCAGGCGGUUAGCAGCAGUUCGUGGAUUUCUGUUCGGGAGUUUGGAGCCUUUCACGGGAGAUUACCGCUUCCCCUGAUGGUGGUUCGUAUACUGCAGUCUAUGCGAAUGGAGUUAUUGAUAUUGCGAAAGGGGAAGGUUAACUAAACGGCGGUUUCUCUUAAAGACCAGGGGUGUCUUAACAAUUGGUGGCAAGCGACGGGUUGAAUCCCACAGCACAGAAGGUCGGCUACACAUCCCAAAUUGGUGGAAGAAAUGCAGUAUGAGGAAUUAAGGCAUACUUGAGCGCUGAGGAUGGUCAGCAAGUAAUCUGAAGAAACGUGAGAUUAUUGCUUUAUUAUUGGAAAUGGAUGCAACACAGGGAAUGGAGAGAGCUAAUGUGCCCAGCAUUUUGGAUUUAACACCUGAGGAAAUACAAUUUAACCAGGCAGUGCAAAUAAGGCUGGCACACUUUGGCCCCAACCCCUCAGCAGACAUCGUGGAACGUGUGCAGGCAGCAGUGAUGGCACACCAAACGCUCCAGGAAAGAGGAGCUGCAGCAAUAGAGGUACCUAAUAACAAUUUUGGAAGGAAAAAGGUACCCUUUGCUGCGUUUAAAAUUUUUAUUGAAACGGAGGGAGAGAUUGAUGGGUUCCUGGCUGACUUUGAAAGGCAGUGUGCACUACACCAUGUAUCCACAGAUGAAUGGGUCACCAUCCUCUCUGGGAAAUUAUCUGGCCGGGCUAGUGAAGCAUUUCGGGCCAUCCCAGAGGAGGAGAUCACCAGCUACCGGGCAGUGAAAGAUGCGCUCAUAGCCAGGUAUGCGGUGAUCCCAGAAGCAUACAGAUGACGCUUUAGGGAGACUAACAAGCAGGUUGGUGACUCCUAUGUAGAGUGGGCCUGCAGGGUUCACCGUACCGCAGCACACUGGAUGCCAGGAUGUCAAGCGGUAACUGGGAAGGAGGUGCUGCAGGUGUUUUUGCUGGGACACUGCUUCGACAGAUUGCCUACCGGGGUCCGGGAGUGGGUCAGAGAUAGAAAACCCUCUACCCUACCCGAGGCUGCCCGCCUGGCAGACGAAUAUACAAACGUCCGCAAGUUGGACAGUACAGCUGCCAAAGUUCCUGCCAGAAUGCAGUAUCAACCAACAGCAACUCCAGCACCUACAGCAUACCAACCCCCAGUACACCGCACCCCAGCAGUACCGCCAGCGAACAAUUACAUGCAAGCCUCCCAGUUCAAUGCCAGGGAUUAUUCGCAGCCAAUUCGGUGCUUUGGGUGUAAACAGUUGGGGCACAAGCGACCAGAAUGCCCACUGAACAGCGCUAAUCAAGCUCAGUCCUGGCGGAGACUAGCCAGCGGAAAUCAACGGCCACCUCAGCCUUCUGCUCACUGUAUCGAGCAGGAGGAAUUCUGGGGCAUCCUACACGAGGCCGACCCAGUGCAAGCAGCUCAUCAAGAUAAUCGUCAGCAACACCGGCAGACUGUGAAGCUGAAUGGCAGAGUAGUGAAUGGACUGAGAGACACAGGAGCCACCAUGACACUGCUCCAAAAGAACUUAGUCUCAGAACACCAGCACACUGGAGACACUGUGGCAGUGAGGGUAGCAGGAGGCACCGUGUUCCGCUUACCUGUUGCCCGGGUCCAUUUGGAUUGGGGAAUGGGCGCUAGAUACGUGGAUGUGGGGGUUAUGAAAGACUUGCCCGCUGAUGUUCUUCUUGGGAACAAUUUGGCCCCUUUGGUUUCUGCGUAUGCCCCAAUGGGCCCUGCUGACGUUAACCCAGUGACUACUCGUGCUCAGACCCGUGCUACUGGAACCGGCUCACCUGCUGUUGAGACCCAGAUAAGACCCUCUUCCCCGACUGGUACCUUAGAUCAGGCCCCCUUAAGCUGGGAUUCCUCAGAGGGGUUUGGGAGGGAAACCCGGGCUGAUCAGACUCUCCAGAAAUACCGAGAUAGAGCAGAGGCUGGAGAGGAAGGAAUAGAUGGGGAGCGGUAUGAGUGGGUGGGGGACAGGUUAUAUAGGAUCCCUAAGCCUUCCCAGAAGAGUGUUGCCCCUCCGCCGAAUCGACAGCUAGUGGUACCUGCAAAGUACCGGCAGGAGAUUCUGCGGAUAGGGCAUGAUGUUCCUUUAGCUGGACAUCUAGGGUCCCGCCGCACAGCCUAUAGGAUCUCACAGAACUUCUUUUGGCCCAACUUUAACCAGGCUGUGCGGAUGUAUUGCAGUACGUGCGACACCUGUCAACGGGUAGGAAAGCGGGGGGUCCACCCUAAGGCUAGAUUAUUAUCGAUGCCUAUUAUAGGGGAGCCCUUUUCCCGCAUAGCUGUUGACAUUGUGGGUCCACUGGCCAGGGCUAGCCCAUCCGGUAAGAAAUAUAUUCUCACUGUGGUGGGCUAUGCCACUCGCUAUCCAGAGGCAGUAGCGCUGUCUAAUAUAGAGGCAGAGACAGUUGCUGAUGCCCUGGUUAGAAUUUUUACUAGGGUUGGGUUCCCUAAGGAGAUCCUCUCCGACCAGGGAACCCAAUUCACCGCUGUGCUCACUCAGCAGCUGUGGAAGGUGUGUGGCAUUAAACCGUUGCUUAGCUCACCCUACCAUCCACAGACUAACGGUCUCUGCGAGCACUUUAACGGUACCCUCAAGCAGAUGCUGAGGACCUUUACUGAUACUUGCAGAGACUGGGAGAGGUUCCUGCCUCAUCUGUUGUUUUCUUACAGAGAGGUGCCCCAGGAAUCUACUGGGUUCUCCCCCUUUGAGUUGCUGUAUGGGAGAAGGGUCCGCAGACCCCUAGAUCUCAUCCGGGGCCACUGGGAGGGGGAGACGGAGCAGAAGGGGACCCCCAUCGUGCCAUAUGUCCUGGAACUCUGGGACCGCAUGGAGAAACUGUCCCUGAUGGUAAGGGAGAAUCUCCAGGCGGCCCAGGGGAGACAGAAGAGAUGGUACGAUCAGGGUGCCCGACAGAGGGUCUUCCAGGUUGGGCAAAAGGUAUUGGUGCUCACACCUGUGAAGGCAAACAAGAUGCAAGCAUCUUGGCAGGGCCCGUACAGAGUAGUAGCGCAGAUCUGCGAUACUACUUACUUGAUAGCCAGCUGUACAGAUGAAAGGGUUAAGAGAUCCUUUCAUGUGAACAUGCUGAAAGAGUACCAGGAGAGACCUGAGAAUAUUGCAGCAGUAUGUGCCCCGGCUGCAGAUGAUCCUGAGAAUUUACCCCUUCCCGAUUUGUUAGAAAGGGACCCCCAGACUGACCUCACUACCCUUGUACAGCUAGGGGACAGGUUAAACCCCACAGAAAGGGUGCAGGCGAAGCAGUUGUUAUGGGAGAAGCAGGCGACAUUCUCCCAGGAGCCAGGUUAUACUACCCUAGCUGUACAUAAGGUCGAGACCCCUGGACAGACCCCCUUAUGACAGCCGCCCUAUUGUAUCCCUGAAGCAGUCCGAGAAGGAAUGCGGAAGGAGAUACAGGAGAUGACCCAGCUUGGGGUCAUCGAGCCAUCCGACAGCCCUUGGGCCUCGCCUGUAGUCCUGGUGCCCAAGAAGGACGGGACCACCCGGUUCUGUGUGGACUACAGGUGACUCAACGAGCGGACCACCACUGACGCCUACCCGAUGCCCCGGGUAGACGAAUUACUGGAUCGUAUUGCCAGGGGGCGCUACCUGACCACCAUAGACCUGUGUAAGGGCUACUGGUAGAUCCCCCUGGCCGAGGAUGCUAUCCCCAAGUCGGCAUUCGUCACCCCAUUUGGCCUGUACCAAUUUAAGGUCAUGCCUUUUGGGAUGAAGAAUGCCCCGGCUACCUUCCAGCGGAUGGUGGAUAGACUCCUGGAUGGCUUCCAAGAAUUUGCCUGUUCAUACUUGGACGACAUUGCGAUCUACAGUGGGUCCUGGGAGGAACACCUGGUUCAUGUAGGGGUGGUACGGGAUAAGAUUCAGGCCGCUGGCCUUACAUUGAAGCCAGAGAAGUGCCAUCUAGUUAUGGCGGAAGUACAGUACCUGGGUCACAGAGUGGGAUGUGGGAGCCAGAGACCAGAGCCAGCCAAGGUAGAGGCAGUGGCUAACUGGCCCACACCUACCCAGGUAUUGGCCUUCUUGGGGACGGCAGGGUACUACCGACGUUUUGUCCCUGACUACAGCACUAUUGCUAAGCCCCUGAUGGACCUGACAAAGAAGAACUUGCCUAAGCAGGUCCUGUGGUCUCCGGCUUGUGAAGCUGCGUUCCAGGCACUGAAACUGGCUCUUGUGAAUGCCCCUGUCUUGGCUGCGCCAGUCCCUAACAAACGCUUUCUCGUUGUAUGGACUGGGGGCUGUGCUGAGCCAAGUCGGGGAAGAUGGAGGAGAGCACUGUUAAGACACCUCCGGUGUCUUUAAGAGAAACUGCCGUGUAGUUCACCUUCCCCUUUUGCAAUAUCAAUAAUCCAUUCGCAUCAAUUGUAAUCCACGAACCAUAACCAGGGGAAGCGGCAAUCUCCCGGCCAGGAUCCGUGAAAGGCUCCAAACUCCCGAACGGAAAUCCACGAACUGAUGCUAGCCGCCGAACAACGAUAUCCACUAAGUGGCUUUCGGUUCCAAUCAGCAGUCUCUAAGCGAAAAGAAGAAAUCCCCCCAAUAACGAGACAGAAGCUCCGCAUUGAGGGUCAAACAGGAUCUGGCUUUAGUGUGGGCUACCUGCCCGUAUUUAUGCAGGUCUCCCACUUGGUGGACACUCCCCUAGGGGACCAAAUGGGAGACUGAAAUGACAGAUAGACAGGGGACAUUUCAGACAUACAGUCACAGGUUUUUCCCACAAUGCAAUAUGGUCUCCUCCCCUCUGCCCUGGAGAUAAUUUAGAAGUAAUUCAAUUAUCUCCAGGACAAAGACAAAUCGCCAUCUUAGAUACAAAACCAGAAAAUACAUAAAAAUACAUAAUUUGAAAAUAACCAAACAUUUCUUAUUCACAUCACAUAUUCCCAGAUAGCCUGGAUCUGAGUGCAUAUUACUCCAUGGGAAGGCUAUCUGGGUUAAGUCCUUUCGUGUGUUUUAAAACUCCAGAACGGCCGGUGUUCGUACGUUUUCGUGGAGGCAGCCAGGCAUUCCGUUGAUUCAGCGGUGUUCGGCAGAAAAAGUGUCCGUUUUUAGUUCCAUGAAAAUAGUGCCGAACACCGCUGGGCUUUCGUGUGUUUUAAAAUGGCUGCUGCUUCGUGGUCGACAUACGAACGACGGCCAUCCUGAAUUCGGUUUAAUUGAGAAGUGUCUGCGCUUAACCACAGCAUUCUAAUUGGGAUCAAUAGGUUAACCAGCAGCACACUUCUCUCCUGGGUGGCCAUCCGUUCAGUAGCUUUGUUCGGUGAAAAAUAGUCAUUCGUAUGGCUGGGCUAUAGGAAACAGCCAUUUACAUGAAGGUGCAGGAAAAAGAUGAAUCCACCACAAUAGUCAGAUGUAUGGUUCUGUCACAAGCACCCUGUCGCAUAUCUCAGCCGAAAGUUGUUACCCAGAGAAGUGAGUUAUGUGGCAGUGGAGAAGGAGUGUUUGGCCUUGGUCUGGGCAUUGAAAAAGUUACGUCCCUACUUAUAUGGGCAAGAGUUUUCCCUUGUGACUGAUCAUAACCCACUCGUCUGGCUUAACCGGGUCUCAGGAGACAAUGGUAGACUGCUGAGGUGGAGCCUGGCACUACAGCCCUACAAUUUCACUAUCAGCUACAGACCCAGUAAGCAGAACGGGAAUGCAGAUGGGUUAUCCCGGCAAACUGACAUCUCCACCACCUUCUAGUCCGGUCAUCCCCACGUUGACCCGCCAAAGGGUCAAGCCGGGUCUGCAGGAGUGUCCCACAAGGAGGGAGCCGUGUGACAGAACCAUCUGUCUGUCUAUUAUGGUGGAUUCGUCUAUUUCUGCCCCCUUUCGUGUAAAUGGCUGUUUCUAUAGCCCAGCCAUACGAAUGACUGUUUUUCACCGAACAAAUCUACCGAACGGAUGGCCACCCAGGAUAGAAGUGUGCUGCUGGUUAACCUCUUGAUCCCAAUUAGAAUGUUGUGGUUAACCGCAGACACUUCUCAAUUAAACCGAAUUCAGGGUGGCCAUCGUUCGUAUGUCGACUACGAGGCAGCGGCCAUUUUAAAACACACGAAAGCCCAGUGGUGUUCGGCACUGAUUUCAUGGAACUAAAAACGAACACUUUUUCUGCUGAACACUGCUGAAACAACAGGUUGCCUGGCUGCCUCGAUGAAAGCGUACGAACACCGGCCGUUCGGGAGUUUUACAGCACACUAAAAGACUUAACUCAGAUAGCCUUCCCAUGGAGUCAAUCGCAUACCGAAAGACUGUAAGGACUUUGACUCCAUGGCAAUUGAACUAUGCGUAUGGGAUCUGAGCGCUAUUCGCCAAUAAUAUGCCCUCAGAUCCAGGCUAUCUGGGGAUAUGUGAUGCGAAUGUGAAAUGUUCGGUUGUUAUAAAGUUAUGUAUUUUCUUGUCUUUUACUUAAAAUGGCAAUGGGUCUUUGUCCUGGAGAUAAUUGAAUUACUUCCCAAUUAUCUCCAGGGCAGAGGGGAGGGAACCAUACUGCAUUGUGGGAAAAGCUUGUGACUGUAUGUCUGAUAUGUCCUCCUGUACAUCUGUAAUUCCAGUCUCCCAUUUGGUCCCCUAGGGGAGUGUCCACCAAGUGGGAGACCUGCAUAAAUACGGGCAGAUAGCCCACAGUAAAGCCCGAUCCUGUUUGACCCUCAAUGCGGAGCUUCUGUCUCGUUAUUGGGGGGAAUUAUUAUUUACGACUAGAGACUGAUUAUUGGAACCGAAAGCCGCUUGGUGUAUAUUGUUGUUCGCGGCUAUCAGCAGUUCGCGGAUUUCUGUUAGGGAGUUUGGAGCCUUUCACGGAUCCCAUUCAGGAGAUUACCGCUUCCCCUGAUGGUGGUUCGUAUACUGCAAUCUAUGCGAACGGAGUUAUUGAUAUUGCGAAAGGGGAAGGUUAACUAAACGGCGGUUUCUCUUAAAAACACCAGGGGUGUCUUAACAUCGGUACUGCUAACUAAGUUACAUCUAUAUCAGAGUAGUAACGCUGAAGAGCUGAUAGUUAUAAAGACAUGGAAUGUUAGUUGUAGGAUUACUGAAAAUGUAAUAUUAUAUUUCAUAGUUUUAAAAUCUAGAUUAUCAGGGAUCCUUAAUAAGAGAAUGGAAAAGAUAUGGAAUGUCCUUACAGGUCCCUAAUGGAUUAAUGAAAACCUGGAUAUUUUAUCAUUAUUAUAUUAAAAAAUAUUUGCUAACAAAUACCUCUUUUCCUAAGAGGUUUUUUGUUUUUUAGAAAAUCCAUCUUUCUUGACUUUUCAAACCUGGCAUGGAUUCCAAAAUAGAUAAUAGACAGAUUAGUUUUCAGUUUGAAUAACAAACUAUAAAAACAUAUUAACUAACAUUUAUGUUAUUAGAUAUGAAAAUAUUGGUUCUACCAGCACGCUCUUUUUUGGUAAAUGUUUUAACUUGUGCAUACUUAUGUGGGAUUUUGAAUAAUUACUUACUAAAUGUAUAAUGUAUAAUGUAAUCCUCAUCAUUUUAAAUAAUUAUAGCUGUUCACUACGUAAAAAUGAUAUCUAAAAUUAAUAUCCAAAGACAACACCGGCGGGAACAUUUAUUUUACUAGGAAAUAUAAUUGUUUUGAUCUCUUAAAGUACUUUCAAAAAUAUAUAUAUAUUGAUUAUGACACACAAACUAGGUAUAGGUUAUAUGUUUAAUUUCUGGCAUAAUCUUGAAAUUAUAUAAUUUCCAAAUGGUGCCAAAACUACACAAUGAGUUGCCUUUCUUGAAAUAUAUUCAGAGAAUUAUAUUUUACAAUUCCACGAUUGGCCACCGGAUGUAGCCCUUGCCUAAUUUUUGCAAACAGAAGGAACACUGAGAAAUUCCACAUUUUCUAAAUACCUUACCUUGCAUUUCUCUCUGUCUGAUAACUGGGUGUUCCUUCAACAGCAUUUUUAAAUAUUAUAACUACUCUUCAAAUCCAACAAUAUAUAGCAAUGCAUCUGCAACACAAUGACUGCUCAGCUACAGCAAGACUGCUUGUUGUCUUCUUGAUACAAAUGGCUGCUGAUCUUGUUCUGAGUCAGCUCCAUUAUAUAGUGCCAGAAGAAUCUAAACAUGGAACAUUUGUUGGGAGAAUUGCUCAGGAUCUUGGUCUGCAGAUCAGUGACAUUAAUGCCAGAAGAUUAAGAAUUGUCUCUAAGGAUGACACAGACUAUUUCCAGGUAAAUUUACAAAAUGGGAUAUUGUUUGUUAAUAAGAUGAUAGACAGAGAACAAUUGUGUCCAAAGAUUAAUGUUUGUAUUAUUCAGUUAGAAAUAAUUUUAGAUAAACCUGUACAGAUUCAUCAUGUAGAUGUGGAAAUUGAAGAUAUAAAUGAUAACUAUCCCAUUUUUUCAUCUAAAGAAUUCAAAUUAUUCAUAGUUGAAUCCAGGUUGCCAGGCUCUCGCUUCCCACUAGAGGGUGCUGUAGAUGCUGAUGUUGGAACAAAUUCUAUCACAAACUAUGAACUCAGUGCAAGUGAAUACUUUGCAUUAGAUAUUCAAACAUAUACACAGAAAAGCAAAUCUGUCCAACUUGUGUUGAAGAAGAUACUUGACAGAGAACAGAUCCCUUGUCAUACACUUGCCUUUACAGCAUAUGAUGGGGGCAAUCCAAAAUUAAGUGCCACUGCUGAACUUAUCAUCACAGUUCAAGAUGUGAAUGAUAAUGCUCCUGCUUUUGACAAGUCAUUUUACACAGUAAAUUUAUUAGAAAAUUCUCUGAAAGGAACUGUUGUCACUAAGUUAAAUGCAACAGAUUUAGAUGAAGGGGAAAAUGGGGAAGUAAUUUAUGCAUUUAAUAAAGUAGUGCCACAAGAAGUUACAUCAACAUUUAGCAUAGAAAAACAUACUGGCAUUAUUAGAGUUAUGGGGGAGGUAGAUUUUGAAAGUUAUAAUAUUUUCGAAAUUGAGGUUGAUGCUGUUGAUAAGGGCCAGUAUGCUCUUGCGGGGCACUGUAAAGUGAUAGUAAACAUAAUUGAUCUGAAUGACAAUCCUCCUGAAAUGACAGUGACUUCUCUCAACGUUCCUGUUCCUGAGGACACAUCUGUUGGGUCAGUUGUUGCUGUCAUCAGUGUUCAUGACAGAGAUUCUGGACUGAACGGGAAGGUGAACUGUCGCAUCUCUAAAACUGUUCCUUUCAAAAUAAAAUCAACACUAAGAGAGUACUUUUCAUUGAUAGUGGAUGGAGAACUAGACCGGGAAAAAGUUUCUGAAUAUGAAAUUGAAAUAAUAACAACAGAUGAAGGUUUGCCGUCUUUUUCGGUAAGUAAAUUAAUAAAGGUACAAAUAAGUGAUGUGAAUGAUAACUCCCCAACCUUCAUCCAAGUAUCAGAAUCAAUAACUAUAAAGGAAAACAAUCCUCCGGGUUCUCAUGUCUAUACUGUAUCAGCUUCAGAUGCCGAUAUCAGUCAGAACUCCUUCAUCACAUACUCCAUUAUAGACAGUUCCAUUGAUGGAAUUCCUAUAUCUUCCUUCAUCUCCAUCAACCCAGAAAAUGGAAAGGUAUUUGCUUUGCUAUCAUUUGACCAUGAACAGGUAUCGUAUUUUAAGUGUCAGAUAAAAGCUAGCGAUGCUGGAUUACCUCCACUCAGCAGCAAUCUUACAAUGAAUAUAUUCAUUGUGGAUAUUAAUGACAAUGCCCCAAUCAUUCUCAUACCCUUUUCUAAUAGUGAAACUAAAAUGACAGAGUUAGUUUCAAAAUCAGCUAAAGAAGGUCAUCUUGUUACUAAAAUCAAAGCAAUUGAUGCAGACUCGGGAUACAAUGCUUGGAUUUCUUAUGGAUUCAAGGAUCUUACUCAAAAUGUUCCAUUUGCUAUUGGACGCCAAACCGGAGAAAUCACAGUCAUUCGUCCCCUCACUGACUCAGAUGGAAAUGAAUACAAAUUGACUGUUUUGCUGAAAGAUCAUGGAGAACCAGAAAUGUCUGCAACAGUGACAAUAGCUAUCAUACUUGUUGAAUCUGGGCAGGAUCUGCCAUUAGAGAGAAAGACCUUUCCUAACAGAAAAGAUGAUGAAUUUCCAGAUGCCAAUAUUUAUCUCAUUAUGGCAAUUUGUUUAAUUUCCACCGUAUUCCUUAUAACACUCAUUGUGUAUACUGUCUUACGAUGGCAGAAGUAUACACAAGAAAUUAAUGCACUGAAACAACAUAAUUUCUGCCCAAGCAUUGCAGGAAGUUGGACUUACUCUCAACAGCGUCAGUAUCAGGUUUGUUUGAGUGGAGGACCACCCAAAAAUGAUUUAAUACUUUUUACUCCAAACUAUCCUCAAGCAUUAAUGGAUGACACAAUUUCCAAUAAUGGGAGCUUGACGUCAGAAGUUGCUGGACAGGUAAGAUUCUACUGAAUAUAUAUUCCAUUAAGGUAUUUAUAAAAAAAAAUGCUACUUUUAUUCAUCACUGUAUGUAAAAGGAUAGAAUAGGCAUCAAAGCCACUUUAGUUUAAUAAAGCAGUUUUGGUGUAAAGAUUGUGCCCCGGCAGUCUCACUGCUCAAUUCACUGCCAUUUAGGAGUUAAAUCAAAUUUUUUCCUUUUAUUUUCAUUUAAGCAGUUCUAGCCACACCUCCCCUGGCUGUCACUCAUACAGUCUGCAUGAAAACAAAAUGGUUUCAUUUUCAUCUUAACUUACUUUACUAGUUUUUAUCUCUUACCCUGUAACAUGAACUUUAAAAACACACAGGAAGUUCCUACAGGGUCUAUCAGGCUAUUAACAGAGCAGGAAAUAUAAAUUAUUAUUUAUAAAACGCCAACAAAUUCUGCAGUGAUGUAGAAUAUGUGAAAUAACAGACAAGUAUUUGCAACAAGAUGAGUUGGAUGCACCGAAACAGAGGAUGAUAAUGGCCCUGCUCAAACAAACUUAGAAAUUAAACCAGACUGUGCAAUAAAGAAAGUUUAAACAUUAGCUCUCUCUUUACAGGAAGUGUUCAGGAGGCUGUGUAAACCACAUACAGGGUAGGUGUGACCAGGGCUAUCGUGAGAUAGCAAUGCAAAGAAACAUAAAUAAGUGUAAGCCUGUGGAAAUCGCAGGAUGUGUAAAAUUAUACCAGUAGGUGCUGCACCUGGAAAGGUGGGAUACCUGGUCCAAGCGUUGGGCUACUCCACACAAUAUGCCUAAGGAAGUAAGCAGUUGUUUGCAUACUGACGUGCAAUUUCCAUUAUUUUUGUAUUUUUAUGAAUUCAUAAUAAAGCACAUUUCAUAUGGCUCUGGACUAUUCUAUUUUAUUAUAACCUAUGCUGUGAACAGAGGACAUUUUGUAUGAUCUACAUACCAAAACUGCUUCAUUAAGCUAAAUUUGUUAUUGUGCCAAUAGUAUCCCUUUAAAAGUAAUUGUCAGAUAAAUUUUAAUAUGCAGCCAAGUAAUGUAUAUUUAACUCAAAGAGUGUUUUAUAUAAUACUGUUUUUUAAUAUUAAAUGUUUUUUUUAAAAUAAAACUGUACCAACUAAUAUAAGGUGAAGAUUAGCCGCUGACCUUUGUUAAAAACAUUAGAGCAUUGAAAGAAUAACAUUUACUGAAGGGUGGGAAAGGCAUGAUCCAGGUGUGGUUGAGAAAGAAAUGGGCAAGGUGGUGAUAAUUCUUUCCUUAGCUGUUCAAUCUUGUCGGUAAAGUAGCAUGCAAAGCUAUUGGCUGAAAGGUUAGUUUGGGGGAGGGCCACAGCAGGGCAUUAUUUGGUCACUGACUGUGAAUUAAAAUGUGUCUGUAUAAGAAUAUAACCAUUUUCAUAAAUUAGAGGGGGUACAGCUUUUCCUCAAAAUGUUCAUCAUGAAAUUUAGAUAUCCGUAAUUUACCCAAUUGUUUUUGCAAAUCCAACAUUGAUUCCAUUAUGACAACACUUAUCAUAUCUACUUACAUUUUUGUGUAAUGUGUAAAAUUAGAGUAUUUCAAGGGCAAAUAUAAUUUUUAGGGAAAAUGUUAUGGUAGUUUGUUAUGUGGGAUUCAAUUAUAUCACACAUGUACAUAUUAACAUAUUAACUAAAGAUACUUGAUUAUUAAUGGUUCAGUUUCCUUUUAAUUAGUUAAUUAAUUUUUUUGACAAUUUGUGAUACUGAGUAGUUUUUAUAUUUUAGAAAUCAUCUGUUAACAUUUUACAGUUUUAUUAAAUUAUGAACACCUAUUUAACACAGAUUUUCAUGUUGUACAUUUUUAUUUAUCAUGAUAUUGGCAUUUUGGGAGGGAAAUAUGGUGUGAUAAUUUGAAUUAUGUAAUGGAACCUGUAGCAUAGUACUUUGAAGCCAAAAGGUUGUCCAACAAAAGUGUUUGGGGCUUUAAUCCACAUAAAAAUAAAAAAAGAUAGAAUAUGAUUUUAUGUUAAAUAUGAUACUAGACAAAUAAAAUGGUUUAAUUCUAGAAAAAAAAACACACUGUGGUAACCUUAUGAAGUGAGGAGAUAAAUGGAAAAUAUCUAAUUUAUCUGAUGAUCUAGUUGUUUCCAUUUCCUAAUGGUCAAAUAAUAUAUACUGUAUUGCAACACAGAGCAACAUGCCAUCAUAAAUUUGUAGUACAUCCUCUAUGAGAACAGAAAAAAAAAAGGAAUUACGUAAGCAGUAUUUACAAUCGAUCUUAAUAACUCUAUUACUGUUGCAUAAUCUGCUUUAACAUCUACAAUACUAAAACUUUUCUUAAGUAAUUUUCUAAAACCAAAAAAUGUUCCUACAAAAACUUUGGAUUCGAAAAAACUUGUAAAUCUCCUGGUGGGGACACUUCAGAUAUUGUAUUCAUUUGGGGUUUCUUUGUUCUCGAUAUUAAGUUUGUGAAACUUCAUUGAAUCAUAUCCAAUCAAUGAAAACAGACAGGAAAGGGCUGCACCACAUACAGUAAGAUCAAAUAAAUUGAAGUAAAAUAAAACAAGAAUAAAAAAUACUAUGAGUCUUGUUUCAGCUGUGCAAACAGUCACAUUUGAAAGUGUCUCUUAUUAAAACAGUAGGUUCAGCUGUAGUUCCUAGGUUCUUUUACGUCUGGAGGAUGUGGGAGGUCUGGGUGUCUUUGGUCUCCGUAUGUGGGCAAAGAAGAGACAGAGAUAACCUAAUAGUGCAAUAUGUCAAGACUUAGUAAGCCAUAAUGAUAUUGCACUCACAUACGGGAGCUUUAGCCAGCUCUAGUGUGAAUUGCCUAUAGUGGUAUAAUCCUCACUAUUGGGAUAUUGUGAAGGUUGGUCUCAGCUGGUGGAAGCCUAGGUGCUCAGAGAAGAAAUAAAUAUAUAUAAAUAGCCACAGAUAGUGCAUUCAGUAAAACAAUUGUAGUUGCGUAAAAUGUAAAAAUAUGGUACUCACAAGUGGGCAGGCUCACUGCUCUAUAUUGACAGCAUUGGUGGUAUGAUCCCCACCUGGGAUUUUCUCUGCUUUUCAAUUGGUCCAGCCACUGCACACUGAGUGUAAAGGGGAUCCAAAAAUCACAGGGGGAACUGAACCUAGGGCUGCCCGGCUGGUACUCGGCUCGGCGGCAGCGGACAGGGUGUGGGCGGAGGGUCACAGUGAAGUUACCCGGUUUAGCAUAAAAACUUCACAUAGGACUCUAUCCAUCCAAGAUUUUUGGAUCCCCUUUACACUGUGAUUUUUGGAAAAUUCAAAUUUCAAAUUCAAUUUCUAAUUUGAUUUAGAGCUAUAUCUCUCAAAUUCAAACAUGAGGUUAGGGAGAUAAGUUUAGUUUUCAAAAUAUGAACAUCAUUUGCAUAUAUACAUAUCUUUAAUUUAUUAUCACCUGCCUGAAUAUAUUUAAUUAAAUGGUUUAUAUCUUAUGUUGACUGUGAGAUGUUCAAUGGACAAUAUGGACAAAAAAGGUGAUAGAGGGCAACCCUGUCUGGUCCCAUGAAAUAUUCAAAACCAGUCAGUACAAAAAUCAAGGCCCAAUAUCCGUGCCAAUGGUGUGGAGUACAAAGCUCCUAUCUCCUUGGCAAUCCAACCCUCAAAAACACAAGAAGUGAUAACUACUCUCAAAUAUCUCUAUGUGACCCUGUUAAAGGCCUUCUCUGCAUCCACCGACAGAGUCAGAAUUGGAAUUAAGUUUUAUUCUCUACUAUACUAAGGUGGAGUUAUGACAGUAUUAUUUUGAAACACUUUGAUAAUUAGAGGUUCAAUGACUGGAGACAAACAUUAAUCCCAUCUUUUCUAAUAAUUGCCUUUUGAAUAGAACACUAAUUCUCCUUGUUCUAUCCCUCCGGAUUAAUUAUGAUAGAGGCUGAUUUAGGUAGGAUUUAAAUAUAUUAAUUUUCUCUUAACAGAUUAUGUUUAAUUUUUACAAUAUUUAUGCAAUAUGUUAUAUAAAUGUGCUUAGGGAUAUAUGCAAUUGUGUUUUUAUAAAUAACCUAUUCUUAAAAUUUGACUGUAAUUUAAUAUUAUCCUUUUUAACAUUUUAUUCUUUAUAAUUUUAAAAUGUAUUUUACUCUUUCUGCACCAAAGUGUUUUGCUGUUUUUCUGCAGAGAUUUUUUUUAUAAAUUCCUAUGUAGCUACAUAAUCCAUUUGAAUAUUAGAUAAUUGUACAGUUGAAUUUAUAACAUAAUGUGCAUAUAAUGUAAAAUAAUUAACCUUUUCACUUUGUGAAAAUGUACAGCGUGAUUUUUUAAUAUUUAUUAUUAAGAAGACAAGUGGGAAUCUGUACUGAAAAGAUAGUUUGGUUAUUUUGAAAAAGUACUAAGGUGGACUUUAGCCAUCACUGCCUUUCUAUGGAAGAAAACUCAAGCCUUGCCUUUCAUGUUAGGAAGCUUUGUUGAAUAGAUAGUGGCCAUACCAAACAAACCUUUGGGUUUCUUGGAGCAGGUAGCCAGCUCUAGUGUGAAUUGCCUAUAGUGGUAUAAUCCUCACUAUUGGGAUAUUGUGAAGGUUGGUCUCAGCUGGUGGAAGCCUAGGUGCUCAGAGAAGAAAUAAAUAUAAAUAGCCACAGAUAGUGCACUCAGUAAAACAAUUGUAGUUGCGUAAAAUGUAAAAAUAUGGUACUCACAAGUGUAGAGCAGGCUCACUGCUCUAUCUUGACAGCAUUGGUGGUAUGAUCCCCACCUGGGAUUUUCUCUGCUUUUCAAUUGGUCCAGCCACUGCACACUGAGUGUAAAGGGGAUCCAAAAAUCACAGGGGUAACUGAACCUAGGGCUGCCCGGCUGGUACUCGGCUCAGCGGCAGCGGACAGGGUGUGGGUGGAGGGUCACAGUGAAGUUACCCGGUUUAGCAUAAAAACUUCACAUAGGACUCUAUCCAUCCAAGAUUUUUGGAUCCCCUUUACACUGUGAUUUUUGGAAAAUUCAAAUUUCAAAUUCAAUUUCUAAUUUGAUUUAGAGCUAUAUCUCUCAAAUUCAAACAUGAGUUUAGGGAGAUAAGUUUAGUUUUCAAAAUAUGAACCUCAUUUGCAUAUAUACAUAUCUUUAAUUUAUUAUCACCUGCCUGAAUAUAUUUAAUUAAAUGGUUUAUAUCUUAUGUUGACUGUGAGAUGUUCAAUGGACAAUAUGGACAAAAAAGGUGAUAGAGGGCAACCCUGUCUGGUCCCAUGAAAUAUUCAAAACCAGUCAGUACAAAAAUCAAGGCCCAAUAUCCGUGCCAAUGGUGUGGAGUACAAAGCUCCUAUCUCCUUGGCAAUCCAACCCUCAAAAACACAAGAAGUGAUAACUACUCUCAAAUAUCUCUAUGUGACUCUGUUAAAGGCCUUCUCUGCAUCGACUGACAGAGUCAGAAUUGGAAUUAAGUUUUAUUCUCUACUAUACUAAGGUGGAGUUAUGACAGUAUUAUUUUGAAACACUUUGAUAAUUAGAGGUUCAAUGACUGGAGACAAACAUUAAUCCCAUCUUUUCUAAUAAUUGCCUUUUGAAUAGAACACUAAUUCUGCUUGUUCUAUCCCUCCCGAUUAAUUAUGAUAGAGGCUGAUUUAGGUAGGAUUUAAAUAUAUUAAUUUUCUCUUAACAGAUUAUGUUUAAUUUUUACAAUAUUUAUGCAAUAUGUUAUAUAAAUGUGCUUAGGGAUAUAUGCAAUUGUGUUUUUAUAAAUAACCUAUUCUUAAAAUUUGACUGUAAUUUAAUAUUAUCCUUUUUAACAUUUUAUUCUUUAUAAUUUUAAAAUGUAUUUUACUCUUUCUGCACCAAAGUGUUUUGCUGUUUUUCUGCAAAGUUUUUUUUUUAUAAAUUCCUAUGUAGCUACAUAAUCCAUUUGAAUAUUAGAUAAUUGUACAGUUGAAUUUAUAACAUAAUGUGCAUAUAAUGUAAAAUAAUUAACCUUUUCACUUUGUGAAAAUGUACAGCGUGAUUUUUUAAUAUUUAUUAUUAAGAAGACAAGUGGGAAUCUGUACUGAAAAGAUAGUUUGGUUAUUUUGAAAAAGUACCAAGGUGGACUUUAGCCAUCACUGCCUUUCUAUGGAAGAAAACUCAAGCCUUGCCUUUCAUGUUAGGAAGCUUUGUUGAAUAGAUAGUGGCCAUACCAAACAAACUUUUGGGUAUCUUGGAGCAGGUAUCUGCGUAAAGUUUUGCCUCGCUCAUUGAAUAUAGAUCUAAGUCCUUGAGCAAUCCAUUAUUAUGAUUACUAUGAAUCUAGAAGUGUAUUCAAAUUAAAUUACUUCUCACUAUCCAACUAUGUCCUGAAUAUACCUUAUAUAACUAUACCUUACCUCUAAAUUUAAUAUAAAAUGGCUUUUCAGAGAUAAAUGAUCUAAAUAUCAAUAUUCAAUAGAAAAAUCUGGUGAAAAUUUUUUUUGGGGUUAAUAUGAACUAUUUUAUAAUUAAGACUUAUGAAUUAACCCCUUAAGGACCAAACUUCUGGAAUAAAAGGGAAUCAUGACAUGUCACACAUGUCAUGUGUCCUUAAGGGGUUAAACUGUGAAUUUUUCAUUUUAAAAACUUUAUAUCAGUGCCAAUAUAAUCUCCAUCUAUAAUAUUGCAACAUAUGAAUCUAUAUAUACUUUUGAAGCAAAUUAAUUUGAUAGGCAAUCCAAUAUUGAUAAUUAGUUGUGGAAUUACACCUUUUUUAUAAUAUAAACAAAUGAGUUUGCAUUUGAUGUUACUAAUAUAAAUUAGUUAUAUUAUGGAGUUAUCAAAGCUCAAAAGUAAUAUGGCAAGUAACAUGCCAUUUUGUGUACCUUUAUUAAAGUAAACCUGCACAAAAAUAUGUAAUAUUCCCCCCCCCCCCCACACUCAGAGAAAAUGGCCUCUCAAAUUUCUCCAAAAUUAUCUGGCUCAUAAUCCAUAUGAAUCUCAUGAUAACAUAAAAUGAACUGCAAGCCUUUCUUAUCUUGGCUCGGUAAUCAGAAAAAUACUGAACAAGAAUCCUAUAUUGGAAGUAUACGAUAAUUAAAAUGUUGCUCUCAAAUUAAAAUAAUGUACCCAGACAAAUGUUCUCUAAAUGCCACAUUCGGUCAACAAUGUUGUCUUGACAAAUGACUCAAACAGAGGUACCCCCCCCAAACAUAGACCAGCUCUCUAAUAUGGGGAAUCCCUCAAAUCCCCAUGCAAGAGAGCUAGUAGUAUGUCCGAGUAGUCUUUAUGCAGGUAAGUCACAAAAUGGGGACAACCUGUAUAUAAAUUGUACCAAUCCUAACAAUUCUCUAGUGAGUUGAAAUAUGUAAUCCUUCAGAUGUUAUAUGAGUAUUCUAGUAACUACUUUUCAAAUGUGACCAUUUCAUACAUUGAUAUUUGUUUCCAAUGUAACAUUUUUUAAAGCCAUAUUCUAACUAGUUAUAAUAGCAAUGACUUUGUGACAGUCAUUACUAAAAUGUUUGUACAGCACAUGCAUUAAGUCUGGGAUCUCACAAGUAUUAAAAGGCAGCACCACAAAUAUCGCUCUGCGAAGUAACAUGAAAUAAAAUAAACAACUAAAAUCUUCACAGCCUUCUUUCUAUACAUUUGCAUAUCAGAUAGGUAUGGAUACAGUCUUUGUUCUAAUCAUUUUUUUUUUAGAUGACUUCAAGUUUCCGUAUUACUGUAGCCAAAGGUGUUGCUACAAUAAGACACUUUUAUGUGUUUUCGGGAAUAUUCUGUUUUCAAAAGCACUGACUUGCUUCAGUAUAGCUACAUUAACCUCUGAAUUCUGAAAAUUGUGGUAAUUAAAUUUUAUAUGGUAGACUAUACCACUGCUAUGGUGUUGGCAAAGUACCAAUGUAGAUUUUAUAUCAGAUUCCUACUAAUGUAAUUUUCUGUUGCCUUCAAUAGUGCAACUUUUAAAUAAUCCCAUUUCUCUUGGACUCCAUUUAAAUUGCUCCAGUCUGAUAAUGACUCCUCUACCUAUAUUCUAAUUUUAGAAAAGUCUGGGUGAAUGCAAAGAGAAACUGAGUGUUAAGCAGUGAUUUGCGGAUACUUAGUAUUGCUGUAUGUGUCUAAUCGCAAAUACGGUGACAAUUUUACAGGGUUAAUGCACGGAAACGGUGACAGCUGUACAGGGUUAAUGCAAGGAAGAACCGAGUUUUAGACAGUAAGUUACUGCUACUUUGUAUUAUUCUCUAUGUCUAAUAGCAAGCAACGUGAUAAUAGGGAAAACGAGGGGGUGUUUGAGACCACCUGUUCUCCUAGGUGAUAAGAGAUAGAUGCAAAAGGUUAAAGUACAAAUUAUUAAAUAAUACUGCACAGCAGAUAAUAACUUGUUGCUAAAUCACUAGUGCCUUCGAUGGCACCUUUUAGCAAAAAGCCUGCUCUGAACUAGCACCCCCUUAAUCAAAAGUGCUAUCAAGGUGAAAGUAGUAUCGCAAAGAGGGAAAUGUUCCCCAUCCAAGAUUAGAAUCAACUAUGUAACUAGAUGCUGUGGGAUGAUAGUGUCAGUUAAGCCAUUAAUCAUAGUGGUUAGUAAAAAGCCGGCACUACUAAUGUGUCAGAUAUACGUCCAGAGCCUCUGACAUGCGUUUCGCCAGUAAAGCUCAUCAGUGAAGCUCAUUAAAGAUAUUAUACACCAUGUAGGUAGAAAUGCAUCCUUUUUACUUAUUGUUUUUUUGUAUAUGUUAUGGACAACGAACACAGGUGCAUUUUAUUAAUGGCAUUUUGAAUGCACAGAGAUACCAUGACAGAUCCUGAGGCCCACUGUUGUGCCAUUCAUCCACGACCAUCAACUCAUGUUGCAGCAUGAUAAUGCAUGGCUUCAUGUUGCAAGGAUCUGUACACAAUUCCUGGAAGUUAAGAACAUCCCAGCUCUUGCAUGGCAUAGUCACCGGACAUGUCACCCAUUGAACAUUUUUGGGAUGCUCUGGAACAGCGUAUACGACAGUGUGUUCCAGGUCCUGCUAAUAUCCAGCAACUUUGCACAGCCAUUGAAGAGGAGUGGACCAACAUUCCACAGGCCACAAUCAACAACCUGAUCAACUCUAUGCGAAGGAAAAUGGUGGUCACACAAGAUACUGAUUGGUUUUUGGACUUCCCCGAAUCCCCCAAUACAGUAAAACUGCACAUUUUAGAGUGGCCUUUUAUUGUGACCAGUCUAAGGCACACCUGUGCAAUAAUCAUGCUGUCUAAUCAGCAUCUUGAUAUGCCACACCUGUGUGGCGAAUGGAUUAUCUCGGCAAAGAAGAAGUGCUCAUUAUCACAGAUUUAGACAGAUUUGUGAACAAUAUUUGAGAGAAAUAGGCAUUUCUGUACAUAGAAAAAGUGCUCUCAACUUCAUUAUUUAUCUAUCUAUCUAUAUAUCUAUCUCAAAAGUAUCUGAAUAAUGUACAUAUGUUAUUUAUAUAUAGUAAUAGAAAUUCUUGAAAAUUUCAAGCAGGGUAUAUUUUCAUAUUUGCAAUUACUGUAGUGACUGUACAAAGUAUCAGUGUGCAAAAAUGCUUCACAAGUGCAAUAUUCAUGGUGUAGUUCUGCAUCUGGUCACUUGGUGUCACUCUUGCAUAAUUUUUUAAAAGCAGAGCUAGGUGAAUACAAUAUUGCGAGUAUCACAGUCACUGAUGGUUAUUGGAUACAAUUUCUUUUGUUUUUAACAUUAUUUUAAAACCUGAAAAAUCAUCAAGCCAUUGCCAUGUGUCUGCAGCACAACAAUUUCUCACUAAGACUCAAGCUGCUUGCUAUUUUCAUAAUGCAAAUGGCUGCUGAUCUUGUUCUGAGUCAGCUUCAUUAUUUGGUGCAGGAGGAAUCUAAACAUGGAACAUUUGUUGGGAGAAUUGCUCAAGAUCUUGGGAUGCAGAUCAGUGACAUUAAUUCCAGAAGAUUAAGGAUUGUCUCUAAGGAUGGCACAGACUAUUUCCAGGUAAAUCUGCAAAAUGGAAUAUUAUUUGUCAAUAAGGUCAUAGACAGAGAAGAGCUUUGUCCAAAGAUCAGCAUUUGUAUUGUGCAGCUAGAAAUCAUAGUAGAUAAACCUGUGCAGAUUCACCAUGUAGAUGUAGAAAUUGAAGAUAUUAAUGAUAAUUAUCCAGUUUUCUCUUCAAAUGAAUUUAAGCUAUUUAUAUCAGAGAUGAAGCUGCCUGGAUCUUACUUUCCACUAGAGGGUGCUGUUGAUGCUGAUGUUGGAACAAACUCCAUUACAAAUUAUGAAUUGAGUACAAGUGAUUAUUUUACAUUAGAUGUCCAAACAUAUAUGCAAAAAAGCAAGUCUAUUCAGCUUGUUAUAAAGAAAACUCUCGACAGAGAGCAAAAUCCUGCUCAUAAUCUAACUCUUACUGCUUAUGAUGGGGGUAAACCAAAAUUACGUUGCUCAACUCAUCUACAUAUCACAGUUCAAGAUGUGAAUGACAAUGCACCUAGGUUUGACCAAUUAUAUUAUGUAGUUAGUUUGUUGGAAAAUGCUCUGAAUGGUACUGUUGUCACAAAAUUGAAUGCAUCUGAUCCAGAUGAAGGUGAAAACAGUGAAAUAUUAUAUGCAUUCAACAAACUUGUUCCACAACAAGUAACAUCUGUUUUUAACAUAGAUGAAAGUGCAGGGAUAAUAAGAGUUGUGGGAGAGGUAGAUUUUGAAAAGCAAAAUUUGUACGAAAUUGAAGUUGAUGCUGUUGAUAAAGGCCAUAGUGCUAUGACUGGGCAUUGCAAGAUUUUAGUUAAUAUUCUGGAUAUAAAUGAUAAUGAGCCUGAGUUAACAGUGACUUCACUCAAUGUUCCUGUCCCUGAGGAUUCAUCGGUGGGAUCUGUAGUUGCUGUAAUUAGUGUUCUUGACAGAGAUUCAGGGCUCAAUGGAAAGGUGAACUGCCAUAUUUCCAAAAAUGUUCCCUUUAAAAUAAUAUCAACCUUGCGGGAAUAUUUCUCACUUGUAGUAGAUGGUCCAUUAGAUCGGGAAAGAAUUUCAGAAUAUGAAAUUGAAAUAACAGCCACAGAUGAAGGUUCUCCAGCUCUUUCAGUAACAAAACUAAUUAAGGUUCCAAUAAGUGACGUGAAUGACAACCCUCCAACCUUCCUGCAAACCUCUCAAACAAUUUCUAUCAAGGAAAACAAUCCACCAGGUUCUCAUGUCUACACUGUCUCCGCAUUUGACUCAGACAUCAGCCAGAACUCUUUCAUCACAUAUUCAAUCAUUGACAGUUCUAUAGAUGGGAUUCCCAUAUCUUCAUAUAUCUCUAUUAACCCAGAAAAUGGGAAGGUAUUUGCCCUACUGUCAUUUGAUCAUGAACAAUUGACACAUUUCCAGUGUCAAAUUAAAGCCACUGACACAGGAUUACCUCCACUGAGCAGCAAUCUGACUUUAUAUGUUUUUAUUGAGGACAUCAAUGAUAAUGCCCCUGCUAUCCUCUCUCAGUUUUCCAAUAUUGAGUCAAGACUACUAGAGAAGGUUGCAAGAUCAGCUAAAGAAGGUCAGUUGUUGACUAAAAUUAAAGCAAUCGAUGCAGACUCAGGAUACAAUGCUUGGAUUUCUUAUGAGUUUAAGGAUCCUGCAAGAAAUAUCCCAUUUGCUAUUGGCAGUCAAACUGGAGAAAUUACUGUAAUUCGUUCCCUUGAUGAAUCAAGCAUUGAUGAAUACAGACUGACAGUUAUUCUGAAAGAUAAUGGAGACCCCAUUAUGUCAUCAACAGUGAACUUAGCCAUAUUACUUGUGGAAUCUGGGCAAGAGUUACCAGAAGAAAGAAAGACUCAAAACAGAAAUAAUGAUGAUUUCUCAGAUGCCAAUAUUUAUCUAAUUUUGUCAAUUUGCUUAAUCUCUACAGUAUUUCUUAUUACCCUUAUAUCAUAUACCAUUUUGAGGUGGCAUAAAUAUACACAAGAAAUUAAUGAACUGAAACAACAUAAUUUUUGCUCAAGUAUAGCAGGAAGCUGGACUUACUCUCAACAGCGUCAGUAUAAGGUUUGCUUAAAUGGAGGACCCCCCAAAAAUGACUUAAUACUUUUCACACCAAGCUAUCCACAAACAGGUGAUGCAAUUUCUGCAAAUGGGAGUUUGGCAUCUGAUUCUGCUGGACAGGUAGGAUUAUUAUUAUUAAUAAUAAGAAGAAUUAUAACAUUUGCAUUGUAUGAACAUAUUCCAUAAAGAUAUAUCAGAGGGUUUAAAUAGUGAAUACAAGACAAAAGAAAUAGAAACAAAAAAUUACGGUAUCUUGCUCAAACUAGCUUGCAAUCAAUGGGCCACUAUCUUAUUCUUCGAUAUCAUGUAUUCUCCUUUUAGAAACCUUCCUUCUUUUUUUUUUUCAGUAUAUUUUUAUUAAACCAAACAACAUAUCUUUUUAAUAUAUAUAUUAAUAAAAGUUUAAACUUAAAAUAUAAAUGUAGUAAAUUUAAAAGGCUUGAUUGUUCAAUCAUAAUAACAUAACAAAACCUUUAUCUUAUAUCAAUCAUCAUCUUUCGAAAAAAACAAAAUCUGAUAUAAAUUAAUCUCAGUGUACUGUGUAGUUUAGAAGAGUUUGCAUGAUGAUUUGCCAUGCUUUUUGCACUAUUGCAUAUAUGUAAUAUUAAAAUCAUUAUUUAUUAAAUAUGGAAAUGAUUUUGUUCAUUAUCCUUGCUAGUGUAUAAUUCAAUACAUUUUGUAUGCACUGGAAAUAAAAUAAAAAUUUAAGAUCUUAACAUUCAUUGAACACUUUUCUUCUAGCUCAUACUUUUUCCAAAUGUUCCAAGAAAUUAUAAUUCCAAUAAACGAGUAAUAAUUGCCCUAGAAUGACUUGUUGCACUAAACAUUUUAAGUCACAAAUUCACAUAUAAAGGACAAAAAUAACUUAAUCAUAACUUUAGUGUAGCAGCAUAAGUGAGAUUGGGGCUCUUACUCAUAACUCAGAAAAGCUUCAUCAAAUUAAAAAAUGCUUCAAACGUAUUUAUCUAUUUUAAUUGGUAGAUCUUAUACUUAGAUAUAAGUAAAAAAAAAUCCUCUCUGGAGUCAUAAUUAUGAGAAUUUAGGUAAAAUCUCAUCAAAAUAUGUUAAUCUACCAUUUUAACGAUCAUAUAUCAAACAUGUAAUAUACUGUUCAAAAGAUUUAAUCAGUUCUCCUCAAUUAACUUUUAGCUUGUCAGUGGUGGGAAGAACAAAAGUAGGUAGAUGUAUUCUAAUUGGUAUGGACAUUUGUUCUAUAUGUUUAAAUUGCAUGGAAAUGAAAGUUUUCUGUGAUAGCCAAUCACAAGGAGGUAUUCUCUGACUUUUUUGGUGAGUCCCGUCCAUAGAAUGGACAUAAAACCCAUUGGUAGCAGUGAGAGGGCAGAUCUGAGGAAGCUGAUUGGAUCAGUAAAACAUGGCAUUCUGAGUGAUGUCAUCACGCUGCAUGUGACAUCAUUGCCCUGCCUCCCAGAACUGGGGUUGCGAGUGAGAGGUUCAGAGCCAGCAAUUGAACCGAACAGGGCUCAGAGCAUUUCAUCUGUGGGGGACUUGAUUUCCAGGGAGGGUUAUGUAAAACCUCCCCCUAUUUUAAUUAAUCAAGAUUAGAGGAAGAAAGUUGCUGCAUGGUGGAUUCCUUGUGAGAUACUACCAAGUGAUUUGUUUGGAGCAUGAAUAGCAUGAGCAGUCUUCAUCUGCUCCCUGUUUAUGAGUAUGCAUGUAUUUAUGUAUAGGUUAUUAUUGGUGUUUACAAUAUUACACUAGAUUGGUUAUUUUUCACCUUCCAUAUAUUUUAUGAAUAGAACACAUUUUGUAAGUAAAAUCUAAGCACUUUGAAGUUAUCUUUGCACUAUAUGUUUUUUGCACUUUUGUAUUGUGGGUUUACACUUCGCACUUUAUUAUAUAUUUGUAUGCACUUUACAAGCAAGUGUAUGUACACUAAUGUUUUGCACUUGUUUAAUGCACUUUAUUGUAACAAUAGUGCACAGUGCUUUUCGCUCUACCCUACCAACUUUAAAGGCAUAGUGCACUUUUAUAUAAGAGUGGGAAUACUCCUGAAAAAUAUUUGAAGUUGCAGCACACCUUAAUUUUAUUUUUUGUUAUUGUAGUGUAUUUCAUGAGCUAUUGCACUUCAGCAGGUGCUGCUAUAUUACUAAAAACAUUUUUUUAAAAGAAAUAAAUGCCAUUAUCACUUGGAAUUUUUGUUAUUUGAUAUACUAUCAAACUCCUUCCAAAACAUAUAAAGAUCAUAUCAUGAUAUUAUUCAAUAAAAUAUGCAAGAAAAUAACUUAAACAUCUAAUCACAAUAUCUUUGUGGAAAAUUUACAGUGGCGCAAUAUGCAAUUGCUAAAUUUGCUCUCUAUUUUGAAUCUAUAAUUGCAAUGUUAACAAAAUCAUUCUAAAAAUCAAACAAAUUGCUAAAUUUAGGUAGAAUUGCUAAACUAGAAAAACAUUCAAACUUGCCCAAAGCAUAUUAUCUAGGAGGAAGGAAAAAUGAACACGAGGGGUAAAACAAUUUGCUAGUAAGGAGUAUGAAGCAUAAUUUUUUUUACAUUUGUCUAACACUUGCAAUUUGUUUUAAUGAAAGAUCUACUUUGUAAAAAACUUUCAAUCCUGCUGGUUUUGAACAUUCAUAGUGUAUGAGAUCAAUAUUAUGAAGUGUACCUGUCAUGUCCUUUUCAACCUAUCGUUCCUGUAAGUUUUCUUGUAAUUGUCCUAUUUAUAAUUAAAAUAUUGUAAAGCACUACGGAAUCUGUUGGCGCUAUACGAAUGGCAAUAAUAAUAAUAAUAAUAAUAAUAAUAAUGUGAAAAUAUACAUUGGUAUACUUUCACCCCUUUGUGCUGGUUGCUGUCAGUUACCCAUUCUGUACACAAACUGCACAUUUUAAUAGAGUGGCCUUUUAUUGUGGCCAGCCUAAGGCACACCUGUGCAAUAAUCAUGCUGUCUAAUCAGCAUCUUCAUAUGCCAUACCUGUGAGGUGGAUGUGUUAUCUUGGCAGAGGAGAAUUGCUCCCUAACACAGAACACAGAUUUAGACAGAUUUGUGAACAAUAUUUGAGAGAAAUAGGCAUUAUGUGUACAUAGAAAAAGUCUUACAUCUUUGAGUUCAGCUCAUGAAAAAUGGGGGCAAAAACAAAAGUGUUGCGUUUAUAAUUUUGUUCAGUGUAGCUUUGCUGAUAAUUUGGCUAGUUGCACUUGUUACCCAAGUAAAACAUUGCCAAACAUUUUCUUAUGAAAGGUUAGCAUUCUAGGUACGUACAGUAUAAUGAAAACAGUAUAGGCUCCUGAACAUUCUUUCAUAAAUUUGUAUUGCCAUAUUUGGAGUAGCUUUUAUGAGUGGAAGGUAUUGUGUGAUAUAAAUUGGAUUGGUCAAUUAAGUACUGCUCUAGUUCUUCACUGGGGAGGUCCAAUACAAUGGUUAAUAAAAAAUAUACCAUAAAGCUCAACCGUGCAAAUGCGAAUUGCAUGGAGACUUCUUUCAAUAAAGUAUUCCAGAUAAAAACAUAUUGAGAAUAUUGGUAUAAAAAAUAAUUGCCAUGGUGAAAUUAAUAGUUACACAAACUAUUUUCCCCCUAAUUUGAUACAUAGAUCUUAUUGAUGGCAUAUAAAAUGUAAAAAAAAUAUUUUGCUUAUAGAUUUAUUUAAAAAAAAUACCUUAACUAUUUUAUAUAAUUUUAUAUACCUAUAAUUAAAAAUAGAUUUAUUUAAUGUACUUCUUUAUACAGGUUUGAAACAAAUUAAUGUAAACACAACUGAAGUAAGUUUAACAAAAGUUUAAAUAAUUUAUAAUGUAUAAUUUAUAAAUAAUAUUCAUACUAUAAUUUUAAUAAUAUGGUCAAAUAUGUUAUCAAUCUUUGUAAGUUUUCUGCUGAUAUUAUUGGAAUUCCAAAAAUGCCUGCAAUAUAAAACAUUAAUACAGUUAACCGACUAAAGCCACAUAUUAGUAUUUUAAAUACAACAGUCUCCACAUAUACCCCAAUGUGUACUCUAAUUUCUAGCCCACCCUCCUCUCACAGAUGUGGAAUCACUGUAAACAUUGAUCAUAACAUUCUUUUGAAGAGUAGGAACAUGUGUUGGUGAUGUACUUUACAAUCCCAAAAGGUACUGAUUGAGUUCUUGGUGGAAAAUUAUUUUUCAACCAGGAGAAGGUCUGGAGUAUAGCUAAAGGUAAGUACUGUUUAUUGAACUAUAUUUAUUCCAGUAGGUGCUGAAAAGACUCACAAAAUAUUGGAGCCCAUGAAAAACACAGUAGGUUUGAAAAUAUUGCAAAGGUAUAUUUAGCAAAUAUUACACUAUGUUGAACAACUCAUAUAUAACAUAUAAGAUCAAAACUAGCCAAGUUGGAAAAAAACUACAGUAUAAUUUAAUUGGCGAUAUUGCCUGCCUGAUUUGUUUGAACAUAUUUUUAAAGUUGAUGGUCAGUUCAGUAUAACUGACUAAUAACAUAAGUGAUAAACAAUAGGUUUUCUGGAUUAUGCAAAGUAUGCAAUGGCAGGGGAAUGUAAAGAUCCAGCAAAUUAUGUGACCAGAUCAUAUCAAAAAAAGAAUCAGCUUUGAAGAGUCAGUGUUUGUUAAUAACCAAAAUCUGAAUAAAUCAGAUUUGGAUUUUUUUUUUACAAAUCAGAAGAAAAUGUAAUUAAAUCUCAAUGGCAAUUCUAUUUAAAUCAAAUAAAUAUAAUGUUACAAUUCCUUCUCUAAUCUUAAUGCAAAUCAUUCUUGUAGAAAAAAAAUAAAUAGAAUGUUAGAAAUCCUUGCAUUACCUCUACAUCAUACCACUUGGUGUCACUGUUGCACCAAUUUAAAAAAAAGAAGAAUACCAAUAAUUCUAUCACUGCAAGGUUCUUGAUGACGGAUAGAUUUUGGGCAAUAGAAGGAAUCAGUUUUGUUUUGCAAGGAUUUGAAGACUAUUGUAAAAUAACCAUAAUAACUGGGAUACAGAAAUGUGUCUGCAACACAUUAUAUUCUCAUUAAGAAUCAAGCUGAUUGCUGUAUUCUUCAUACUAAUGGCUACUGAUCUUGUUAGGAGUCAGCUCCAUUAUUUGGUGCAGGAGGAAUCUAAACAUGGAACAUUUGUUGGGAGAAUUGCUCAAGAUCUUGGGAUGCAGAUCUUUGACAUUAAUGCCAGAAGAUUAAGGAUUGUCUCUAAGGAUGGCACAGAUUAUUUCCAGGUAAAUCUACAAAAUGGAAUAUUAUUUGUUAAUAAGGAGAUAGAUAGAGAAGAGCUUUGCCCAGACAGCAGCAUUUGUAUUGUGCAGCUAGAAAUCAUAGUAGAUAAGCCUGUGCAGAUUCACCAUGUAGAUGUAGAAAUUGAAGAUAUAAAUGAUAAUUAUCCAGUUUUCUCAUCAAAUGAAUUCAAGCUGCUUAUAUCAGAGAUGAGGCAACCAGGCUAUAAAUUCCCACUAGAGGGUGCUGUUGAUCCUGAUGUUGGUACAAAUUCUAUCACAAACUAUGAACUCAGUGCAAGUGAUUAUUUUACCUUGGAUGUUCAAGCAUACACACAAAAAAGCAAAUCUAUCCAACUUGUGUUGAAGAAAUCUCUUGACAGAGAACAGAGUCCUCUGCAUAAUCUUACCCUUAUUGCAUACGAUGGUGGUAAACCAAAAUUGAGCGCCAUGACUCAGCUCCUUAUUACAGUCAAAGAUAUCAAUGAUAAUGCACCAUUGUUUGACAAGCCAUAUUACGCAGUUAGUUUAUUAGAAAAUGCUCUGAAAGGAACCAUUGUCAUCAAACUAAAUGCAACAGAUUUGGAUGAAGGUGAGAAUGGUGAAAUAUUUUAUGCUUUUAAUAAAGUUGUUUCACAACGGAUUAUGUCACUGUUUAGCAUUGAAAAAGACUCAGGGAUUGUUAGAGUUAUAGGAGACAUCGAUUUUGAAAAAAACAGUUUAUAUGAAAUUGAGUUUGAUGCAAUUGAUAGAGGAUUUAAUUCGAUGGCUGGACAUUGUAAAGUUGUAAUUAAUAUUAUGGACAUAAAUGAUAAUUCUCCAGAACUGACAGUAACAUCACUCAAUGUUCCCGUUCCUGAGGAUUCUUCACUAGGAUCGGUUGUUGCUGUGAUCAGUGUUCAUGACAAAGAUUCAGGAAAAAAUGGUAACGUGAAUUGUCAUAUUUCGAAAAAUAUUCCAUUUAAAAUAUUAUCAACACUAAGGGAAUAUUUCUCACUAGUAGUUGAUGGACCAUUAGAUCGGGAAAGAAAGUCAGAAUAUGACAUUGAAAUAACAGCUACAGAUGAAGGGUCUCCAGCUCUUUUAGUAAGAAAGCUAAUUAAGGUACAAAUAAGUGAUGUGAAUGAUAACCCCCCAACUUUUCCGCAAAUGUCAGACACAGUCUCUAUCAAAGAAAAUAAUCCUCCAGGUUCUCAUAUCUAUACUGUGUCAGCUUCAGACUCUGACAUUAUCCAAAACUCCUUCAUAGCAUAUUCGAUCAUUGACAGUACUGUGGAUGGUAUUCCCAUUUCUUCUUACAUCUCUAUUAAUCCAGAAAAUGGAAAGAUAUUUGCUUUAUUGUCCUUUGACUAUGAGAAGGUAACAUAUUUUCAGUGUCAAAUAAAAGCCACAGAUGCUGGAUUACCAUCGUUGAGCAGCAAUCUGACCCUCUACAUUUUUAUUGAGGACAUUAAUGACAAUGCCCCGUAUGUGCUUUCUUCAUUUUCCAGCAGUGAAUCCAGAUUAACAGAGAUGCUUCCAAAAUCAUCUAAAGAAGGAUAUUUGGUAACUAAAAUCAAAGCCAUCGAUGCAGACUCAGGGUACAAUGCCUGGCUUUCUUAUGAGUUUAGUAACGCUGCUCGAAAUACUCCAUUUACUAUUGGUCGUCAGACUGGGGAAAUCAAUGUCAUUCGUCCUCUAAUGGAUUCAGAUACUGAUGAACAUAUAUUAUCCAUUGUACUGAAAGAUCACGGAGAUCCAGAAAUGUCAUCAGUUGUGACUUUAUUAAUUUUACUUGUGGAAUCUGGACAGGACCUACCGGUAGAAAGAAAGGCUCACCAGAGAAAUUCAGAUGAUUUUUCAGAUGCCAAUGUUUAUCUUAUUAUGUCAAUUUGUUUAAUCUCUACAGUAUUCCUUAUCACCCUUAUAGUAUAUACUGUUGUGAGGUGGCAGAAGUACACACAAGAAAUUAAUGCACUGAAACAACAUAAUUUUUGCCCAAGUAUAGCAGGAAGUUGGACUUACUCCCAAAAACACCAGUAUAAUGUUUGUUUGAGUGGGGGACUACCGAAAAAUGAUUUAAUACUUUUUACUCCAAACUAUCCCCAAUCAUCAUUGGAAGAUGCUGUUUCUACUAAUGGAAGCUUGCCGUCAAAUUCAGCCAGCCAGGUAAGAUAAUAAUAAAUGCUUGUCCAGCCCAUGUUUGAAACUUAGUUGAUGUGCAUGCUUUUAACUAGAGAAAACUCGAGAUUGAAUAUGUGUUUAACAAAGUCUUAAGCUUAUUUUGAAGUAUUCCUACAAAGAAAAAGUACAGGAACAGUGAAAAUAAAAAGACAAAUAUUUGUAUUUAAUUUAGUAAACAUUAUACAUGUGUGUUUCUUGCAGUUGAAUUAAGAGACAUAUAUAUUUUAGAGAUUUUAAAUUGGUGGAUGAUUAUUCUACAUGUGUACAGCGCUAUGGUAGAAGGAUGAUUGAUACAUGUAACUGUUAUCAAGUGAAAUAGUGGAUAGAUAAAAGUUGUAGGUGAAGUGGAGAGCUAAAGUGAUCUUAUUAUUAAGUCAGUUUUCAAUGGAAGCACAAGCCAAUCUAGUUCUCCAAAAAAGUAUUACAUUGGGAGACAAAGGAGAGUUAACUGAGUUGACCAAAUUUGCUUAUUUAUAUGAACCAUAUAUCACAUCCAAAUCAUGAUAUGGUUUCAUCAAGUUUGAAAUCCCACCACCUAGUUCAACCUCUCUGUUUCUACUGUUGUUCCAAAAGAAGGCAAAAAAAAAAGUUUGAAGAAGUGACUUCCAAUUGAUAUUUCUCCCUGGAUCAAGAAGCUGUUAUUCGAUAUCGUAUCUGCUAUAAACGUUAAUAUUCUGUUUAAUAAAACAAAUUUAAAAAAGAGUUCAGACCUGUUUCAAACCUCUGCAGAAUCUGCAUCUUUAGGCAGAUUGUCACAUCUGUACAACCUUUUCAUAUGCUAUAGGCAAAAAAUUUUUUUUUCAAGUUUCAAAGCAUGAUCUCUUUCCCUCUGUACAAUAUUGUUAAUUCUAUAAUUUAUAAUAUAGUUUCUUGACAUUCUUUAUCUUUGUCAUGCAGAAAUUAAAAUGCAGGCACAUAGUGACAUGUCAAUAAGAUAAAAUAUGACAAGAAUAAUUUUGAAUACACAACAUGACAUGUUGAGAAAGCUGCACUUUUUAGGAAUUAAACAUUUAUGUCUAUGAAUGUGGCUAAUAAUUUGGACAGAAUUGCAGAGAUUAAAGGACAUGGAUAAGACAAACUAGAUAAUAGUUCAAGUAAAUCAACAAAUAAUACCUAUAGCUGUGAGUGAGAAAGUGCAUGAACAAUGAACUUGAAAUAACUAUAUCUCACACAGGUCGGUGAAUGAGAUGGCCACCACAACAGUACACCUAGCAGAAAUAAGAUCAAUAACGGACAAAUCCAAAAGAUUUCUAUGGCUGAUUAAAGCAUUAGAAAACAAAAUAGGGAAAACAAUUAGGAAGUGUGCAGGCUUAUCAGAGAAAAAGAUACUUAGAUGACUGUAUCAGCAUGAGAAGGUGAGAUAGUCUAUGCCUCCGCUAGGGAAAAUCUCUGUGUCAGGCCAUAAGAGCAUCACAAUAAAGCAUGUUUUAUAGCACCCCUGAAGCCAGUUCCUCCAGUACUGGGUCUUGGCAGCAACCUUGACAUAAUGUCCACAGAUCAUUAACUACUGGAUUACCAAGUCGGUGGCCAGAGAGUCCCGCUGAUGAGUUCUUCCAAGUGUGUAGAUAAUGUCUGAGUUGAUACCCCUUCUGGGUUCCUGGUUCAGAAUGCAAGGAACAGGUCAUCAUGCCCCCUGGUUCUGCAGGCAUAGCAGCUUGGAGUGCCUGUGUAUGUAUACCACUCCAAAACUGUGUGCACAUUAGGAGCAAUUGCGUCAAGUUCUAUAUCCAGCUCAGCAGUGAGUUCUCCUCUGAGGGCUGUAGUGAUUUGCAGUCCUUUGCCAUCUUGAGGCUUGGUCACCCAUGCAAAACUUCAAGACUUGGAUUUGCCUAAAAGAGAAGUAGGUAUAAGAUGUUGUAGCGGUGGAGACGGGGAUAACACUAACAGGUCAAAUUAUGUGAGAACUGGGCAUGCUCUCAAUCCAGCCAGCAAGGUACAGCCAAAGAGGUUGGCUGCAACUCCCAGCCAGGACCAUGCUAGGCUGGUCAGAAUUUUCAGAACUCCACAGCAACCGGAAAGCCUCUACAGGUUGCCCAGAUAAUCUUAGACUUCACCAGGCAUCUGCACAGCCUGAGAUAACAGGAUAUUAAUGAUAAGGACGCUUUGACUGCAGAGUUUGUGUUCAAUGCGUCUGCUCGAGAAGAUGGUCAGGCCCCGCUCCUUGAGGUGCCUUCUUUAAAGGUACAUUUUUCCUUAACAACAAUACUCUGGGCUCUGUCUUUAAGUUAAUGAUCAAUCCAAGAACAAGCAUUUUAAAUAACACAUUGACUUUGAAUUGUACAGUAACUUGUUUGUGUAGAACCAUAUUAAAUGCAUUAGCAUAAUCCAAAUAGAUCACAGCCACUGUAACAUCCUAAAUACAUUUGCUGACAUCUUUAUAGAAUGCAAUUAUGUUAGUUUGACAUGAUCUGUCUUUCCUAAAACCAUGUUGAUUUCUACAAAUAAUUUGAAUAAUCAAUCGCGUUUAAAGUAAUAAUAUAAUAAUAUAAGAAAGGAAAAGAUACAUGUAUCACAUAUAGGUAGCCUUUGAGCUGAUCACCUAAGGUGUUCAAAUUAUGAAUACUAUAAAAACCACUUCCUAGUUGUAUUUUACUGAAUAAUAUAGGUAGUGGUAUAUAUAUAUAAAAAAAUUGCUAGUAUCCCAAUGCAGCUCUUAUUUGGAAAUAUCCUCAGUAUUUCUUUUAUAUACAAUAUUGCUACAAAGAAACAGAAAAGAUCGCAGGAGAACGUAUAGCUUAGAUUGCGUGUAGAUUGAAACCAGAGGAUCGUGGUAUGGACUCUCAGAUAGUCCCAGGACAUGAUGCUGUCAGUUUUUGCUGUGUUCUCGCUCCUAUAAUCGAUUCCUACAAAUUACAUUGUUGUUCACAACUAAUUCCUAAAUAUGAUUUUUCCAUAGCCUUUCAAAUAAUUUUUCAACUAAAGAUGUUAAUGGGUCUGUAAGUUUUGAGAUGCUUUUUAAAUACUGGCAUGACAUCCUUUGGUAAAAUUCCUAAAAUAAAAGAGCCCUGAAAGAUCAAGCAGUGGUUUUACAAUUUCUACUGAGCUACCAAAGUAAAUCGAGGAGACCCUUGAGACAAGGGGAUCCCAGUGGUAGCUCUGAACACACAGAAAAAACAUAUAUACAGGGAGUGCAGAAUUAUUAGGCAAGUUGUAUUUUUGAGGAUUAAUUUUAUUAUUGAACAACAACCAUGUUCUCAAUGAACCCAAAAAACUCAUUAAUAUCAAAGCUGAAUAUUUUUGGAAAUAGUUUUUAGUUUGUUUUUAGUUAUAGCUAUGUUAGGGGGAUAUCUGUGUGUGCAGGUGACUAUUACUGUGCAUAAUUAUUAGGCAACUUAACAAAAAACAAAUAUAUACCCAUUUCAAUUAUUUAUUAUUACCAGUGAAACCAAUAUAACAUCUCAACAUUCACAAAUAUACAUUUCUGACAUUCAAAAACAAAACAAAAACAAAUCAGUGACCAAUAUAGCCACCUUUCUUUGCAAGGACACUCAAAAGCCUGCCAUCCAUGGAUUCUGUCAGUGUUUUGAUCUGUUCACCAUCAACAUUGCGUGCAGCAGCAACCACAGCCUCCCAGACACUGUUCAGAGAGGUGUACUGUUUUCCCUCCUUGUAAAUCUCACAUUUGAUGAUGGACCACAGGUUCUCAAUGGGGUUCAGAUCAGGUGAACAAGGAGGCCAUGUCAUUAGAUUUUCUUCUUUUAUACCCUUUCUUGCCAGCCACGCUGUGGAGUACUUGGACGCGUGUGAUGGAGCAUUGUCCUGCAUGAAAAUCAUGUUUUUCUUGAAGGAUGCAGACUUCUUCCUGUACCACUGCUUGAAGAAGGUGUCUUCCAGGAACUGGCAGUAGGACUGGGAGUUGAGCUUGACUCCAUCCUCAACCCGAAAAGGCCCCACAAGCUCAUCUUUGAUGAUACCAGCCCAAACCAGUACUCCACCUCCACCUUGCUGGCGUCUGAGUCGGACUGGAGCUCUCUGCCCUUUACCAAUCCAGCCACGGGCCCAUCCAUCUGGCCCAUCAAGACUCACUCUCAUUUCAUCAGUCCAUAAAACCUUAGAAAAAUCAGUCUUGAGAUAUUUCUUGGCCCAGUCUUGACGUUUCAGCUUGUGUGUCUUGUUCAGUGGUGGUCGUCUUUCAGCCUUUCUUACCUUGGCCAUGUCUCUGAGUAUUGCACACCUUGUGCUUUUGGGCACUCCAGUGAUGUUGCAGCUCUGAAAUAUGGCCAAACUGGUGGCAAGUGGCAUCGUGGCAGCUGCACGCUUGACUUUUCUCAGUUCAUGGGCAGUUAUUUUGUGCCUUGGUUUUUCCACACGCUUCUUGCGACCCUGUUGACUAUUUUGAAUGAAACGCUUGAUUGUUCGAUGAUCACGCUUCAGAAGCUUUGCAAUUUUAAGAGUGCUGCAUCCCUCUGCAAGAUAUCUCACUAUUUUUGACUUUUCUGAGCCUGUCAAGUCCUUCUUUUGACCCAUUUUGCCAAAGGAAAGGAAGUUGCCUAAUAAUUAUGCACACCUGAUAUAGGGUGUUGAUGUCAUUAGACCACACCCCUUCUCAUUACAGAGAUGCACAUCACCUAAUAUGCUUAAUUGGUAGUAGGCUUUCGAGCCUAUACAGCUUGGAGUAAGACAACAUGCAUAAAGAGGAUGAUGUGGUCAAAAUACUCAUUUGCCUAAUAAUUCUGCACUCCCUGUAAUUACCAGAUUAUAGUAGAGAAGGUGGGGACACACAUAAAUGGGUAGAAAGAUGGUAAAUGUGGAAGGGAGUAGACAAAAUGAACCCUAUCUACACAUAUAGACUAUCUAAAGCACUAAAAGCACUACCUAAGUGCUACCUAGUGAAAAGUGAAAAAUAAAGAUAGGAAACACUCGACGCGCGUUUCGGCAUGAAUACACACCGUUGUCAGAAAUUACAACUCCUGACGACGGCGUGUAUUCACGCCGAAACCCGCGUCGAGCAUUUCCUAUCUUUAUUCAUUUAUUUUUCACUUUUCACUAGGUAGCACUUAGGUAGUUAGUACGUUUGGUAAAGUUAGUUUACCAGCUUAUAUAGGUUUUUUAAGUCAGGCAGUUUUAGUCCUGCAGGGUUUUUUUUGGACUCAGCAUUGGAGUUGGGUUUGUUCACCCCAUAAGACUCCUCUACUUAGUUAAGCAGGACUCCUACAUGUCCAUCUGACGCUAGUGUGGGACCUUUCUCUUUUUCUUUUUGGGUUAUUAGCUUCCACUAGUCCACCCAGUCUGAGUAUUCUGAGAUAUAGGAGACUCUACCAUUUACAUUGGGAGGAGCGGUUGGAGCUCUUUACCCCUCCUUUUUCUUCCUAUAUACUGUGCUACUUGCUAUUGUGUACUUCGUGGAAGGGAUUUUCUCCUCCAGCAGAUAGAAAGCUUUAGAUGGUCUAUAUGUGUAGAUAGGGUUCUUUUUGUCUACUCCCUUCCACCUUUACCAUCUUUCUACCCAUUUAUGUGUGUCCCCACCUUCUCUACUAUAAUCUGUUAAUUAUAUAUGUUUUUUCUGUGUGUUCAGAGCUACCACUGGGAUCCCCUUGUCCCAAGGGUCUCCUCGAUUUAUAUAUAUAUUUUUGGGUUACCCCCUACUCUGUAGCUCUGAGGUAGGCACCACUCAGGACAGAUUCUAUACAUUCACAAGUUUAUCAUGACUGUGUGGAUCUACCCUCUCUUUUCUUCUCAUUUUUUGAGCUCCCAAAGUACUCAUGGGUAAUUAUCAUCGGCCUAUGAAUUUCUCUACUUAACUUUUUAAUUGCACUUUAUUCUAUGUCAUCCAAUCACAGGUUUACAGUAAGUAAACACUGAAUUGUACAUCUACAGCCAUAGGUUAUUCUUGCUAUACACUGAAGAAGAAAAAUAUUUAAAAGUUCUUCCUUUUUCUUGAUUCUUAUUUCCUAACACAUCCAUCUCUGAUUUCAGCAAACCAACACUUUUACUUGCUCUCUUGGCUAUCAGUUUUUAAUUUCUAGUUUAGUUGACUUUUGCGUGCUUUUGUAAACUUAGUUUUCAUUUUCGUAUUUCAUAUUUGAAUCCAUUGAAUCAUUUGACUUAUAUGGUUUAAAUGCAAUUGUCUUAUUUUCUAAUUCAUUACAGACCUUUAUGUUAAGUCUUAAUGGUUUUAAUUAGUAUUGUGUAUUUUUCUUAGUGGUAUGUGUUGAGAACUAUAUUUGUUUAUUCAUUAAUACUAAUUUAGUAUUAAUAUUUGUGUUUGUAGCAUAUUUCUACAAAUAAUGUAUUACUAAAUGUAUCUUUAUACUUGUAAGUCUUGAACUUUUUCAUUUUAAAGUGAACCCUGAAUAUGAAAAAAUAAACCAAAUAUAUUACCGUGCCAUGUAAAAAUUUACAUUUUAAUUACCAGAUUAAAAUGAAACAUUCAUAGGUAAUCUCCAUUUGGAAACACUAUGCCUUGGAGGCAGGGUCUAUGAAUACAAUGGUUGUGAAAGUACAAGGGUUGUGAAAGGUUGUGAAGGCCAUAUAUACUGAUCAACCACAACAUUAAAACCUCAUCUAAACAUGGUAAAUCAUACCACGUAAUCCUCUUUCAUUGGUUCCUUUUCCAGUUCUAAUGCUGACCAUCCCAUUGAAGGCACUUUUGGUGGUGGACAGGGGUAAUUGUGGGAAUUCUGACCGGUCUGUAGCUAUGCAGACCCAUAUGUGAACUAAAAUGCACUGUGUGGUCUGACACCAUUCUAUCAUGGCCAGCAAUUUGAGAUACAGUAGUGAGCGGACCUGAAGGGGCUAGCCUUCACUCCCCACAUGCAUUAAUAAACAUUGUGUAUCCAGGAUCCUGAUGCCAGUUCACCAAUUGUCCUUCCUUGCGCUACAAUUGAUAGGUACUAAUCAAUGCAUACCAGGAACAACUUACAAGACUUGUCAUUUUGGAGAUAUUCUGACCCAGUUGUCUAGUCAUCCCUAUUUGGCUCUUGUCAAAGUUACUACAAUCUUUUCACUUGCACAUUUUUCCACAUUAAAUUCAUGAACUAACUUUUCACUUGCUGCCUAACAUAUCUCACCCCUUGGCAGGUGCCAUUGUAACCAGUCAGUGGUUUUAAUGUUGAGGCUGAUCAGUGUAUGUGAACUGUAUAGAUAAACAGACAAAUAGUUAUAUGUGCUUGUAAAGGACAUAAAAAUAUCUCAAACAAAAUCGGUGUGUAAAAAUUGCCACUUGAGAAGACCUAAACUCCCUAUGUAGAAUACUCUGGAUUGAGACAGAGACCUUGUAAAUAAGUAGCACCAACCAGAUUUGCAAAAAUCACAACAAUAUAAAUUGUUGAAUAAUUGACCAAAACCCCCCCCCCAAAAAAAAAAACAUACACCACUGCAAGUAAAAAAAAUAAAAUAAUAUUAUGAGCAAAGUCAGUAACGAUUAAAUGAUAAUACACAUUACAAAAAAAUAACACAUUAAAAGUAAUAUACAAUGAUUUAUAAAAUGUGGUAGGACAACUAUGUUUAAAAAAAUAAUUAUGUUAAAAUAACAAUUACAACGGAAACUGUAUUAAUUUAACUUUUUUCACUGCAUUAUAACACAUACAAUAAAUAUUGCAUUAUUUGAUACUUACAAAUAUGCUAUUUUUUGUUCUGCAAUCCAUUGAAAAAGCUCUUUUUGAUUGGUUCUACUAACGUAGAAUAAAAAAAAAAGACAAUGCUCUUUUCACAAUUCCAUAUCUUGCCACUGGAUGUCGCCAUUGCUUAAGUUUUAGGAGACUGAAAACAGUCAUUCCAUCUUCUCUCUGGGUUGAAAUUUUUCCUGCAUCGGUUUUAGGAAUCAGAACUGCUUUUUUCCCCCAAAUGAUUUGUAUGUAAUUGUUCAUUACAUUUAUCAGCAAGUUUACAAAAUAUUACUGGAUGUAUUUUUCAAUGAGAAUACGAUUGGUAAUUAUCUUCUUUAUACAAAUGGCUACUGAUCUUGUUCUGAGUCAGCUCCAUUAUAUGGUACCAGAGGAAUCUAAACAUGGAACAUUUGUUGGGAGAAUUGCUCAAGAUCUUGGGAUGCAGAUCAGUGACAUUAAUGCCAGAAGAUUAAGGAUUGUCUCUAAGGAUGGCACAGACUAUUUCCAGGUAAAUCUACAAAAUGGAAUAUUAUUUGUCAAUAAGAUAAUAGACAGGGAAGAGCUGUGUCCAGAUACCAGCAUUUGUACUGUGCAGAUAGAAAUCAUAGUAGAUAAACCUGUGCAGAUUCACCAUGUAGAUGUAGAAAUUGAAGAUAUAAAUGAUAAUUAUCCAGUUUUCUCAUCAAAUGAAUUCAAGUUUAUAAUAGCAGAAUCCAGAUUGCUAGGAUCUUGUUUCCCACUGGAGGGUGCUGUUGAUGCUGAUGUUGGAACAAAUUCUAUCACAAACUAUGAACUCAGUGCAAGUGAUUAUUUUACAUUAGAUGUUCAAACAUACACACAGAAAAGCAAAUCUAUCCAACUUGUUUUGAAGAAAUCCCUUGACAGAGAACAGAUCCCUGUUCAUAAUCUUACUCUUAUUGCAUACGAUGGGGGUAAACCAAAAUUAAGUGCCACAGCUCAACUCCUUAUUACAGUUGAAGAUGUCAAUGAUAAUGCGCCUGUGUUUGAUAAAUCAUUUUACACAGUUAGUUUACUAGAGCAUGCUCUGAAAGGAACCAUUGUCACCAAACUGAAUGCAACAGAUUUAGAUCAAGGAGAGUAUGGUGAAAUAUUUUAUGCUUUUAAUAAAGUGGUUUCACAUCAAGUUGCUAAUUUUUUUAGCAUAGAACCAAGCACAGGUAUUAUUAGAGUUAUUGGAGAAGUAGAUUUUGAAUCGAGAAAAAUUUAUGAAAUAGACAUUGAUGCUAUUGAUAAUGGACAUCAUCCUAUGGCUGGGCAUUGUAAGCUUAUAGUAAACAUUGUAGAUGUGAAUGAUAACGCUCCAGAAUUAACUGUUACAUCACUUAAUGUUCCUGUUCCAGAGGAUGCAUCUUUAGGAUCAGUUGUUGCUGUCAUCAGUGUUUAUGAUAAAGAUUCUGGAUCAAAUGGAAAAGUAAACUGUCAAAUUCCCAGAAAUGUUCCUUUCAAAAUAACGUCAACAGUUAGAGAAUAUUUCUCAUUGAUAGUAGAUGGGCCAUUAGAUCGGGAAAUUAUUUCUGAAUAUAACGUUGAAAUAACAGCUACAGAUGAAGGUUCUCCAGCUCUUUCAGUAACAAAACUAAUAAAGGUACAAAUAAGUGAUGUGAAUGACAACCCUCCAACUUUCCUGCAAUCAUCUGAAUCAGUUUCAGUCAAGGAAAACAAUCCACCAGGUUCUUAUGUUUACACUGUCACUGCCUUUGAUGCAGAUAUCAAUCAGAACUCUUUCAUUACAUACUCGAUCAUAGACAGCUCUAUUGAUGGAAUUCCGAUAUCUUCUUAUAUUUCUAUCAACCCAGAAAAUGGAAAGGUGUUUGCCUUAAUGUCAUUUGACCACGAACAAGUAUCACAUUUUCAGUGCCAAAUAAAAUCCAUAGAUGCUGGAUUACCUCCACUAAGCAGCAAUCUGACCCUCUACAUAUUUGUUGAGGAUGUUAAUGAUAAUGCCCCAUAUGUGCUUACUGCAUUUUCCAGCAGUGAAUCCAGGUUAACAGAGAUGAUUCCAAAAUCAGUUAGAGAAGGUCAUUUAGUAACUAAAAUCAAAGCAAUCGAUGCAGACUCAGGUUAUAAUGCCUGGAUUUCUUAUGAGUUUGUUAACCCUCCUCGAAAUAUCCCAUUUGUUAUUGGCCGUCAGACUGGGGAAAUUACUAUCAUUCGUCCAUUUAUGGAAUCAGAUGGAGAUGAAUACAGACUUUCCAUUGAAUUGAAGGACCAUGGAGACACCAUAAUGUCAUCAGUGGCCACUCUUGUCAUAUUAUUGGUAGAAUCUAGACAUGAUUUGCCAGUAGAGAGACAGACUCAUCAUCACAGAAAAGAUGAUGAUUUUUCAGAUGCCAAUAUCUAUCUUAUUAUGUCAAUUUGCUUAAUAUCCAGUGUGUUUCUCAUUACCCUCAUAGUAUAUACUUUAUUGAAGUGGCAAAAAUGUACACGAGAAAUUAAUGAGCUGAAGCAACAUAAUUUUUGCCCAAGUAUAGCAGGAAGCUGGACUUACUCUCAGCAACGCCAAUAUAAAGUUUGUUUGAGUGGAGGACCACCCAAAAAUGAUUUAAUACUUUUUACUCCAAACUAUCCUCAGUCAAUGGAUGAUGCAAUUUCUAAUAUUGGGAGUUUGACAUCAGAAUCUGCUGGACAGGUGAGAUAUCAAGAAGCUUUUUCUACAAGAAUACAUAUUUGUUUAUUUUGAAGAAAUAAAUAUUCAUUAUUUUGUAAUUUAGAAUUAUUGUAAUAUUUAGUGAAAUGGUAAGUAGUGAAUAUGACAGCUUUCUAAAAAAUAUAUAUAGGAAAAAGUUUGUUAAUAAAGCUCCACUAACUUUUCCUUUGUUUCAGUAUUGACUUAUAUUCAAAAGGUUUACAUAGCUGGGCUUCUGUAUGACCAUGUGCAUCUUUUCAGACGAUGGCACCAUUCCCCUACACUAAUGCUCUGUAGCAACAUUGGUUUUCUUGUUGCAGUAGCAACUUUCAUUGCCCUGUAUAAUACUGAAGCUUAGCCUAACUGUGUAUAUUGUAUAUUGACACGUAUAAGCUAAAAUUAUUUGUACAUUUUCUUAUCAUUCCUAUGAAGUUGCAUUCACAAAAUGCAAUCAGAUUCCUCACAAAUAUCUAUAAAAGGGGUUUUUGACAAUUGUAUUCAUAGAUUUUUUUUUUACUUCUGACCCUAUCUAAAAUAUUGAAUCCGAUGAAAUAUAAUAUAACAUUUUAUUAUCCAAUUAUCUGGUAAUGGACUAAUGAAUAAAUAAAUAAAAUAUAUUUGAUUGAUUUUACUUAUAUAAAUUCUUGAACAACAUUUUAAUCAUGAGAUUGUUAUUUGAAUUUAUAUCUACAAAAUGGAAUAUUAUUUGUCAAUAAGAUAAUAGACAGGGAAGAGCUGUGUCCAGAUACCAGCAUUUGUACUGUGCAGAUAGAAAUCAUAGUAGAUAAACCUGUGCAGAUUCACCAUGUAGAUGUAGAAAUUGAAGAUAUAAAUGAUAAUUAUCCAGUUUUCUCAUCAAAUGAAUUCAAGUUUAUAAUAGCAGAAUCCAGAUUGCUAGGAUCUUGUUUCCCACUGGAGGGUGCUGUUGAUGCUGAUGUUGGAACAAAUUCUAUCACAAACUAUGAACUCAGUGCAAGUGAUUAUUUUACAUUAGAUGUUCAAACAUACACACAGAAAAGCAAAUCUAUCCAACUUGUUUUGAAGAAAUCCCUUGACAGAGAACAGAUCCCUGUUCAUAAUCUUACUCUUAUUGCAUACGAUGGGGGUAAACCAAAAUUAAGUGCCACAGCUUAUGUAAAAGUUAUGCUGUUUUUUUUGUUUAACAAAAAGUACCUAGCAGUUAAUUAUGUAUUAUAAUUAAUAUUAUUAUAUAACUUACUAUAAGUAUGGAAACAUUUUACAAAAUUCUAAAAGCUAAUUACUUUGGUAAAAUGUGUUCAAUUGGAAGAUAAUGUCUUAUUUAAAAAUAUUCUAUUCCAAGAUAAUAGUACUUUUCCCCAGGGUCAGUUUUGACAGCCAUUACAGAAUUAUAUUUAAAAUUUUGAUUCUCCUAAUCUAAAUUUAGAGGACUUCAGAUGGAACUAACAUUUUCUAUUAAAAUUGAUUAUAUCAAUUCUUGGAUUGUUAACUGCUUAUCUAAACAAUUUUAUGUAAAAUUAUAUGAGAUUUAGACUAUAUUUAUAAAAUGUAUUUUUCUAUUUUUAGAUUGAAGGUGAUAUUAACUGUUUGAUAUGGAAAUUAAAUGUUAGGAAAUAAGUUAUAUUUUUCAUUUAUUUUAAAUAUGCAUAUGCUAUUUCAUUAUGACUCAAAAUGAACCAAUUACAUGUGAAGAAGAUAAGUAACAUUUUUUUAUUAUGUUAAUAUGAAUAAGACAAAGAUUAUUUUGCUAAUGUAAUUAUGUAUGCACUUAAAACUAGCCGAUUGAUUUUAAAGUGAGUCAUGAACAUUAUACAGCAAGCUCUAAAAACUAACCAGUGUCUCACUGUGGUAGACUUGCAUGACUCUGUUAUCCUAUAAUUAGAGUUCACCAAACCACAUUCAUAAAAGCGUAUAAAUUAAACUGUUAAUAGUUCCUAACUGAUUCCUCUACAAAUUAGCUUUGUAUUGGGCAAAUUUUGGACAUCCUAAAAGACAAGUCUGUAUAUUGUUUUAUAUUCUGAGGCUUUAUUUCCAUAAAACUAUCAUGUAAUGCAAACAGAGUUCUUUAAAACAAUUGUUUCCUAAACACAUGUAUUUAUAGGUUUGUGGUAUUGUACAGGGCUUUAAAUGAGCAAAACAAAACAAGUCAGUUGCUAGAGUGAAAUUUGGGGGUAAAGUCUAUCACCCACCCAUCUUUAAAAUUUACCAGCCACCAGUAAUUCUACAAUUUACAGUGAAGCAUUUAAAAAAUGUUAGCUGUAAAACAAUAAUGCACACCUUGUAAUACAUGACUUAUGACAAAAAAAAAAGAAUGACAAGUUUCAGGGGUUUAGACUUUAUUCAUAUUAAAUGAUGAAUUUUAGUUGAACAAGUAUACUAUCUGUUAUGUACCAAUUCAUUAUAUAAUACAGCUUGACGUGCUUGGUAAGAGAGGAAAUAUAGUUAAAUAUAAAUUUAGUUAAAGUGGCUAAAAGUAAAAAAGCUAUGGUCCUUUGGGUAUAAAUGCAUUAGAAAUGUACUUUCCUUCACUUGCCAAACAAUUUUUUGUAAAAUAAAGAUUUGAUCAAAUAUUAUCUUAAAUUUAACAAGGGGUACAUUAGAAAACAAAUAACUAUGUGAUAAAACAGUGGUUUUGUGUAUAAACUGCUGUUCUAAAAAACAUACUUUUUUAAAAUUGCAAAUUAGCAAUGUACAAUCUGUAUUUUUCAUUUAUUUAUUUAUUUAUUUAUUGUAAAUAUGGGAAAAAUAAAACCCCCUGCCCAGAAAGUAAGGCAAAAGUAAUAAUAGAGCAGUCUUGUGAAAUAAGUACAUCAGUUACAAUGUCCACAGCGAGUAUAGGAAUACAAAUCAAGAAAAUGUAUGUCACCGAACCCAAUAAGUGUUAACACCAUGGAUGCAAAAUUUUGAGAAGUUUGCAUUUUACAGCUGAGGUUAGAACUCACAUGAGCUCUUAACAUAGUUAAUUCAUAGUCUGCUCAUUAGAACAGUCUCAGUUGGGCAAACUGUCUCUUCUAGUUGUGCUAUAAAACACUUUAAAUACCUUUAUUUAGGCAUAAGAGGUAUAAGAGAGAUGUAAUUCACUUCUUCCCCACUCUGACUGUAAAUAUGUUCUUCAGAUUUUCUUAACUAUUAGGAAGGAUGGGGGAUUUAUCAUUUUCAGGGUAUUUGCAGGCAUUUAAUGAGUGGAAUGGAUUUCUGGCACAUAAAUAUAUCCUUCUAGUUAUUCCUAGAGUAUAAAUGUAUGUAAGGAGGCUUUAACCCCUUAAGGACUGAGCCAAAUGUACAUGUUUUGAUCAAAAUGAAACUUAAACAAAUCUUGGAAUUUGACUAUAUCAAAUAUAUUCAACCGUAAUUCACCUCUUUCAUAUUAAGUGCACCCACACUUAUAUAUCAUUUUAUUCAGGAGAAAUAGGGUGUUCAUUUACCAUCAAAUAUUUAGUUAUGACACAUAAUUUAUAUAAAUAAAAUAUAAAAAGUUUUAGAAGUUAAGACAUUUUGUUAUUUUUUUAGUUUUGCAUGGCAUUUUAACUGUGAAUGUCAUAAAACUGUUUGCUUUUACUGCAAUAAAAUACACAUAUUUAUAUUCAGCGAUGUUUCACGUGUAAAACAGUACCCCCCUAUGUACAGGUUUUAUGGUGUAUUGGAAAGUUACAUAUAGCAUGUUAAAUUUUUCAGUUUUUUUCACAUUGAAAUUUGCCAGAUUGGUUACGUUGCCUCUGAGACCGUAUUGUGGCCCAGGAAUGAGAAUUACCCCCAUGAUGGUAUACUAUUUGCAAUAGUAGACAUCCCAAGGUAUUGCAAAUGGGGUAUUUCCAGUCUUUUUUAGUAGCUACUUAGUCACAAACACUGGCCAAAGUUAGGGUUAAUAUUUGUUUGUGUGUGAUAAAUGCAACUAAUUUGAAUGUCAAUUUUGGUCAGUGUUUGUGACUAAGUGGCUACUAAAAAUGACUGGACAUACCCCAUUUGCAAUACCUUGGGUUGUCUACUUUUGCAAAUGGUAUGCCAUCAUGGGGAUAAUUCUCAUUCCUGGGCUACCAAUCGGUCUCAAAGGCAACGUAAUCAAUCUGGCGAAUUUCAAUGUGAAAAUACUGAAACACAAGCCUUAUAUUUGACUCUGUAUCUUUUGAAAACACCAUCAAAUCUGUACAUGAGGGGUACUGUUAUACUCAGGAGACUUUGCUAAACACAAAUAUUAGAGUUUCAAAACCGUAAAACGUAUCACAAGAAUUAUAUUGUCAGUGUAAAUGCCGUAUGUCUGUGAAAAAUGCAAAAAAGUCACAUUCACUGAUGAUGUCAUCGUUGUAAUACAUUUUACUGUUUUGAAAAACUAAUGUUUGUGUUCAGUGAAGUCUCCUGAGUAAAACUGUACCCCCUAUGUACAGGUUUUAAGGUGCUUUGGAAAGUUACAGGUUAAAUAUAGUGCUAGCAAAUUAAACUCUCUGGACUUUCUGCCUGGGUUAUCAGGCAGGUUCAGCAAAUUGUAAUGGAUAAAAUGACUUAAUUAUGUAAAAAUAUUACAUAAAUAUAUACGUAGAAUUAAAAUAUAUAUAUGUAUAUAUAUGUUUUUAAAUUAUUUUUAUUUACAUAUAUAUAUAUAUAUAUAUAUAUUUAUAGUGAUAUUAACACAUACAGUGGGACCUCGGUUUACAAAUUUAAUGCGUUCUCCGGGAUGUUACUUAUUGCGAGAAAUUUGUAAACCGAAACGCGGUUUCCCAUAGGAAUGAAAACCAAUUAAUUAGUUCUGGAGGUCAGAAAAAAGUCAAAAUGAGCUGGCAUGGAAACCAACCCACAAUGCAGAACACACAAUAAAAGGCAUGCAAAUGACGAAGCUCAGCUCCCUACCUUUCCACAGCUUGAGAAAUGCACCACAAAAGUUCCAAAACAACUGCAAACAAUUUCCAGAAUGGCUCCCAAACUCGAUGCAAAAGCCGCUCCAGCACCUCCACACUCUACACCAGGUGCUACCCACAGGCUCCAGCAUGUAGGCGGCGGUGCUAUAAACCUCCCAGGUGCAAUGCAUCCUAGGGAAACUUGCUUUGUAUUGCGAAACAAAUUUGUAAACCGAGGCAUUAUUUUCAAUGGAUUUUCAUUUGUAAACCAGAAAUUAUGUAAACCGAUGUCUUGAUGGAGAGCACUAACAGGACUCCAGAAUACAAAGUGUCGACGUUUCAGUCCAACUGGACUUUUUUUUAAAGUACGGUUGGACUGAAACGUCGACACUUUGUAUUUGAACAUUGCUGAGAUAAAAAUCACUUUUGAAAUAUUCUGGAGUCCUGUGACUCCAUCAAGACAUUGUAUACAAAGGCCGGAGAUAGCACUGAGGCAUAAACAAGACCGGGAGCAGUAAGUGCAGGACACUUGGAAGUAUAUAUAUAUAUCAAAAUACAGUUAGAAUGAAAUUACACAUGUAUAUAUAUAUAUAUAUAUAUUUUUUUUUAAUGAAUUUUUUUAUUUUUCAUUUUUAACGUAUUUAUAUAUUUAUUUAAUUUAUAUAUUUUAUAUAUAUAUAUAUAUAAUUAUAAUAUACAUAUAUUUAAUUAAUAUCGUUCUACGUAUAUUUUGAUAUUAAUAAAUAUAUAGAUUAGAGUAUGUGUAUGUAUGUAUAAGUGUAUAUAUAUAUUUACUUAGAUCAUAUAUAUAAUAUAUAUAUAUAUAUAUAUAUAUAUAUAAUCUAAGUAUAUAUUGUUUUAUUUUACACUGUUUUUAACUUUAUUUUAAUUUAUUUCAGGCAGCAGGGGAACUACAUGUCAUUCCAGGCACUCCUCUUGCUGGCACUGCUAUGGAUGGCUAUUCCGUUCAUGUGAUUGUGAGGUCCUUGCAAGGACCUGACAAUCAUAUGGCCCAGGAGGGCCAGAUCAGCAGCAGGAGGACUCCCUUGGAUGCCAGGUAAGUCCCCCCAUCAAGAUCGCUGGCGGGGGAUCGCCAGUGAGCAGGUAAGUCUCCUUGAUGACGGGGACGUACUUGCUGCCCGUCGGCUUUUAGAGCCGUUCUUAAGGGGUUAAGGAUUGUAUUUUGUUUUUCAAAGCAAAUUAAAGUAAACCAAAACAUGUAAAAGUGAUUUUUAAUAGCAAAGGGGUUACAAGAAGGACUAUCAUCAUUUUUUGCACAUAAAGUAGUUGUGACAAUAAUAUUUUUUUAUUUAAUGUUAAUAAAAUACUAAACAGAUUUUAAAGUUAUAAGCACAAUAUAUGUGGGCUUUUAAGCACUAUAAUAUGGUACAAAUACAACCCUCUGAAUUGAGAUUAAUUAAUUAUUAUUAUCUUAAUUAAUUGUAUGUAGAUUAUUUAGAUACAUUUAAAUAAACCAAGUUGUGAUAUGGUUUUUAUUUUGCUAUAAUGACAGUAGACCGAGACAAGUAAAAACAAUGAAAACAAUCUAAUUCCCUAAGCAAAGUCAAUAGUACCAAGAUGAAAUGGUUACCAAAACAUACUAAAAGAGAUAUACAUUACAAUGUAAAUGUGAUUUGGCAGAAUAAUAAUUAUGUUAUAAUAAUAAUAGAAAUAAAUAUCUUUGCAAUAAAGCACAUACAAUGAAUAUUGCUUUAUUGAAUACUUACGAAUAUUUAGUGUUAUCAUGUUUUUCUUUCCAUUAUAAUGUUGUGAUUCAUUGAAAAAGCUCUUGUUGAUUUGCUCUAAUAAUAAUAAAUUUAAAAAAAUAUUUUCACAAUUUCACAUCCUUCCACUGGAUGUCACCAUUGCUUAAGUUUUAGGAAAAAACUGUAAUUCUAUCUUCUCAACGACUUGGAUUUUUUCCUGCGUCGUUUUUUUAUAGGAAUUAGAGGAACAGCUUUUUUUCCAGAUGAAUUGUUUGUAAUUUUUCAUUCCUUCUAUCAGCAAAUUUAAGAUAUGCUAUUGGAAUACAAUUAUUUCUCAAUGAUAAUACAGCUGGUAAUUGUCUUCAUGAUACAAAUGGCUGCUGAUCUUGUUCUGAGUCAGCUCCAUUAUUUGGUGCCAGAGGAAUCUAAACAUGGAACAUUUGUUGGGAGAAUUGCUCAAGAUCUUGGGAUGCAGAUCAGUGACAUUAAUGCCAGAAGAUUAAGGAUUGUCUCUAAGGAUGGCACAGACUAUUUACAGGUAAAUCUACAAAAUGGAAUAUUAUUUGUCAAUAAGAUAAUAGACAGAGAAGAGCUGUGUCCAGAUACCAGCAUUUGUACUGUGCAGAUAGAAAUCAUAGUAGAUAAACCUGUGCAGAUUCACCAUGUAGAUGUAGAAAUUGAAGAUAUAAAUGAUAAUUAUCCAGUUUUCUCAUCAAAUGAAUUCAAGCUGAUCAUAGCAGAAUCCAGGUUGCCAGGCUCCCGCUUCCCACUAGAGGGUGCUGUUGAUGCUGAUGUUGGAACAAAUUCUAUCACAAACUAUGAACUCAGUGCAAGUGAUUAUUUUACAUUAGAUGUCCAAACAUACACACAAAAAAGCAAGUCAAUUCAACUUGUUUUGAAGAAAUCUCUUGACAGAGAACAAAUUCCUGUUCAUAAUCUUACUCUUAAUGCAUAUGAUGGGGGUAAACCAAAAUUAAGUGCCACAGCCCAACUUAUCAUUACAGUUCAAGAUGUCAAUGACAAUGCACCAUUGUUUGAUAAACCAUUUUAUGCAGUUAGUUUAUUAGAAAAUGCCCUAAAAGGAACCAUUGUCACCAAGCUGAAUGCAACAGAUUUGGACGAAGGAGAGAAUGGUGAAAUAUUUUAUGCUUUUAACAAUGUAGUUUCACAACAAGUUAUGUCUCUCUUCAGCAUAGAACCAAGCACAGGGAUUAUUAGAGUUAUAGGAGAUGUAGACUUUGAAAGGAAAAAUACAUAUGAAAUUGAAAUUGAGGCUGUUGAUAAUGGACAUUAUCCAAUGGCUGGACACUGUAAAGUUAUAGUUAACAUUGUGGAUAUGAAUGAUAACUCUCCUGAAUUAACUGUGACAUCACUUAAUGUUCCUGUUCCAGAGGAUGCAUCACUAGGAUCAGUUGUUGCUGUCAUCAGUGUUCAUGAUAAAGAUUCUGGAUCAAAUGGAAAGACUAAUUGUUACAUUUCCAAAAAUAUUCCAUUCAAAAUAAUGUCAACAGUUAGAGAAUAUUUUUCAUUGAUAGUAGAUGGGCCUUUAGACCGGGAAAGUAUUUCAGAAUAUGAUGUAGAAAUAACAGCUACAGAUGAAGGUUCUCCAGCUCUUUUAGUAACACAAAUAAUAAAAGUACAAAUAAGUGAUGUAAAUGAUAAUUCCCCAACUUUUUUGCAAACAUCUGAACUAAUCUCAAUCAAAGAAAACAAUCCACCAGGUUCUCAUGUUUACACUGUCUCAGCUUUUGAUGCAGAUAUCAAUCAGAACUCUUUCAUCACAUACUUGAUCAUAGAUAGCUCAGUUGAUGGAAUUUCAAUAACUUCUUACAUCUCCAUCAACCCAGAAAAUGGUAAGGUGUUUGCUUUGCUUUCAUUUGAUCAUGAACAGGUUUCUAAUUUCCAAUGUCGAAUAAAAGCCACAGAUUCUGGAUUACCUCCACUGAGCAGCAAUCUGACCCUCUACUUUUUUGUUGAGGAUGUUAAUGACAAUGUCCCAUAUGUGCUUACUCCAUUUUCCAACAGUGAAUCCAGAUUAACAGAGAUGCUUCCAAGAUCAGCUAGAGAAGGUCAUUUAGUAACUAAAAUAAAAGCAACUGAUGCAGACUCAGGAUACAAUGCCUGGAUUUCUUAUGAGUUUGUUAACCCUGCUCGAAAUCUCCCAUUUGUUAUUGGCCGCCAAACUGGAGAAAUUACUGUCAUUCGUCCACUUAUGGAAUCAGAUGGAGAUGAGUACAGGCUUUACAUUGAAUUGAAGGAUCAUGGAGACCCCAUGAUGUCAUCAGUGGUCACUCUUGUCAUGCUAAUAGUGGAGUCUGGCCAGGAUUCACCAGUAGAGAGAGAGACUCAUCAUCACAGAAAAGAUGAUGAUUUUUCAGAUGCCAAUAUCUAUCUCAUUAUAUCAAUUUGUUUAAUCUCCAGUGUGUUUCUCAUUACCCUCAUAGUAUAUACUUUAUUGAAGUGGCAGAAAUAUACACAAGAAAUUAAUGAGCUGAAGCAACAUCAUUUUUGCCCAAGUAUAGCAGGAAGUUGGACUUACUCUCAGCAACGUCAGUAUAAGGUUUGUUUGAGUGAAGGACCACCCAAAAAGGAUUUAAUACUUUUUACUCCAAACUAUCCCCAAUCAUCAAUGGAUGAUGCAUUUUCUAAUAUUGGGAGCUUGAUAUCAGAAUCUACUGGACAGGUGAGAUUUCAAGAAGCUUUUACUACAAAGAUACAUAUUUGUUUGUUCUUAAGGGAAAAGAUAAAUGAUGUUAUUGUUCGCUGAAUUCACUGUAUUUCAAUAUUUAGGGACGUGUUGUUUUACAUUUCCUCCCAAUAAAGGCCUUACUUUUAUAGUUAUGGAUACAGUUUUUGAAUUAUUUAAUAUUUUUUAAAAAACAUUUUAAAUUCUUCAGAUUUAUCUACAGAAGUCACAAUUAAAGUCUAUGGGAAUUUUGUAGAUUAAUCAUUUGAAAAACUUAUCCAAAACAAUCAAAUUGGGGCAACAGUGUAUACACAGGUUAAUAUUAGUUUUGCUUUUAAAAUAAUUGUAAAAUAAAAGUUAGUCCAUAAAGUCCCAUUUACCUUUCCCUUUGCUUCAGUACUUUUUUCAGUCUAUGAGUUUCUCUGGCUCUAUUAUGUCUCUCUGGAUCUCUAAGACCUGUAGUUGGCACUGUCUUCUUUUCACUUCUUCUAAGGCAAUCUUAGUAGGUGAAAUGUCACGCAUUCUAACAGCCAUGGACUAUAUAAUACUGAUGCUUAGACUAACAGUACAUGUGGUAUGUGAACAUUAGGCCUACAAGGAACACUUGUAACACUGAGUUAGGAUGUUGUAUUCUGCAAAUGUGCAUUUCUAGGGUAUUUUCUUUUCAAUUUGUGUUUUAUUAUCAUUGUACACAUAAUAUACAUCAUAACCUAUGUAUGGUUUUGUCAAUUCAGAUCAAUCAACAAUGCUGUGCAUGGGGAAAUGAAAGAAACAAUAUAUGGAAAGAAAGACAGAAAUGAAAACAAAACGUAAUUUCCUUAGCAUAUAGAACCAUAUAUAUAGUCGGACACCAUUGAAGAGACUCAUCAGGUGAAGCCUGGGUAGGGAAACUGUUGUAUCUUGCGUGCCGUUAUGCAAUCUGUACAGUCGGAAGAUAACUAGAGUAUGGUGCUUGCAUGCCAAAUUCACCAUCGUAGGGCAGUGCCCCCUGCCGAAGUGGAUGACACCGGCAUGUUUGUCCCCCUGGAGUUUGCACUUUUCGGGGCUGUGGACGGUCUAUCUGCUUGUUGUUCAGCUGGUAUGCUUAGUCUCUGUAGCAAAGUGUCUGGAUCAUCGGAUGAUGUUAGUGUAAGGAGUUCAGCACCAUUCACUGCCAGGAGGGAACCAUCCACUCCCCAAUGGUAUUUCACUGAACAUUCUCUCAGCCUCUUUGCCACCAGUGCAAAUCUCCUCCUCUCCGCUAGUACUGCAAAGGGUAAAUCACCAUAUAUUGCCAAUGUGUUGCCUGCAAACUGUAUGUUCCCAGUAGCCCUGGAGUGAUUCAUGAUCACGUCUCUCACUGCUAUCAUGAUCACAGCUCUCACUUGUGGUUGCAAUAGUGUCUCUGGGGACUUCGCUAGGCACUGGAGUGGACUUUCUCACUCAGAACACUGAGGUGAUUUGCAGGGCGUCUGUGCACCCCUUAACGCCCAUAGAUGCAAUCAGGUCUCUUGUGAACUGUAGCAGCUGUUCACCUUCUACUGACUCUGGGAUUUCUCGGAUGCGUAUGUUACCAGUGUUGUCACCACUUGGCUCAGUUGUUGCAUCUGUGAGGUGAGUCCCUCUAUUUGCCUCUUGCCGUCUUGGAUUUGGUUGUCUCUUGUAGUCUCUCUUGCAUCCACUGCCCUUACUUUCUGGUGGAUUACACCCAUAUCAGUUUGUGUUUCCAAUAAGUCCUCUUUCCAGACCUUCCUGAGGUCUGUUUAUAGCCUCUUUACGUCCCCUUUUGUCAAUGGGGAUGAGUCCACCUUUGGUUCGGAGUGCUGGUAAACUCCACUCGGGCUAGAUGAGGCACUAGACUCUUCGCCCUCCUGUCCUCGAAGGCCUCUAGUUUAGUUUGAGUUUCAGGUGCCAUCUUAGGUGGUGGUUACAGUUCAGACAUUUCAAAAGAGAGCCUAAUAUCUGGCAGACAGGGAAUUAAUGGGGGAUGGCUCUUUCGUUUUUUGUGCCCCAUUCUGUCAUUUGGGGGGUACUGGUAAAUAUUUGCUUGGUAAACUGUAAUUGUCGUGCAUUUUGUCUCUACUUGGUGGGACCUUAGCGGAGCUCCAUGGAAAGACGUCUGGCACAUUACUAGGGUAUUUAACCAUUCUAUCAUGUAAUAUUUCAAUAGAGGAAUAAUUGAAAAAAAAAUGUGCAUGCUAUAAAGCUAUUUAAAAAAAAAUAUUCUGCAUAUGAAUAGCUCUGAUAAAUGUGUUUUUUAAACAAUAAUAUAAAAUAAAAAUGUUAUUAUUGGCACUUAUAUGUAAAACCUACUACACCAUAGAACAUUUCUCUCCACUGUUUCCAUUUCAAUAUUUUGCUGAGGACUCGUUUUAUAAAGAGAACUCAUUUAUAUGAAGUUCCGUUAUAUCCACAAGUUGGGAUUGUAUCACUUUAGGUGCAUUCGUCAGAGCUAAUUUAUAGCUCACGACAGUGUAAGUGCAUCUAUUUACUUAACUAUUGGAUCUCUCUCUGUUGCUUAUCUUUCAUAGCUCACAUGAGUCCUAACUUCCAUUCUCCUUGAAUAAAAUUAAAAGUGUCAAUGUGAUAUAAAGUGAAAUGAAGGAACAUGUUGGGACAUAAAUUAGAUAUAUAUUUUUUGUUAUUUUGAGUAUAUUUUGCUAUUUUAACUUACUGAAAAUAAAACAGUCUAAAUAAAUAAAAAAUAGCAAAUUGGGGGGCAGAGCUUGAGUUUUAAGCUGAGUAGAUGUGCAUCACAUAUGUUCAUCCUGCUGGUUUUCUGGGGAUAUCCCCAGUUAUUACCUCAAUCCUGACCUUAUUGCACUCUGAUUUAAUCGGGGUUGCUGAGACGAAUCUGUAGACCCCUUAAACCAGCAGGAAAUUAAAGUGGUGCCUUGUGGCAUACAGGUACCUGGGGGAAGGCAGAAACGAUUUCCCCGCUCUUUUGGUUUCUGUGCAGACAGAUUGUGUUAUCCUAGUUCCCGCUGGAUUGUCUCACCUUCUGACUAGUGAAGAUGGCACACUACUCUUGCCUACACAGCAGUACAAUCCAUCAUGGCCUAUGGCCACCUCUGGCUGCACUGACUCCAAUGCUGACAUACGGAGCUCUCAGUGAAUCCACUAAAUGCUCUCUGCUAAAAAUGGAAGAAAUAUUCACAAGAUUAUGGGCUAAGCUGGAGGAGUGAUCUGCAGCUUCACCUCUCCUGCAUAAGGAUAAGACCUUCACUAUUGGUGAGAUGAAAUUCGAGGAUUAGGAGAGCCCCUCUGGGUAACACAUACAGACAAGCUCCUGUUCCUCACCUCACAUACCCACCUAGGCUAAGGGGCACCUAGGGCUUAAUUCCACCUCAUCCACCACUUCAGCAAUGGUCCGUUACUUAAAAGACCUGGACUUCCUGCUGUAUCCUGUAAGGGAAGGACUUGGCUUCUAUGAAUCUCCAAGUCCGUAGAAAGGAAAAGCUGACCCUUGAACAGGCCUGGUGCUGGAGGGAUCCCUUACUUCAGCACCAUCGUGUUGAUCUCCCUGAUGGACUUUCUGUCUAUUUGAUAUUUAUGUCAAGUGCUGGUGUGGGCUGAAGCUUUGAUCCCUGAUAUAAGAAGGUCUAAACAAUGUGAGAUGGGUUCCGGAGAACACCAAAGCCAUCAUGCUGUAUUAUUCUGUUUAUUUGGACCUGUUGUUUUUUUAUAUUUGUUUCUUUGCCCUUAUAUUGUUUAGUGUGUCAAGCCAGAAAUUGCGAGUGCCAAAAAUUGACACGUUCAUAAGUAAGCAUGUCAUAUAAUGCUCUCUAAUAUUGAAUGUCCUGUCCUGUCUAAGCCAACAGUAAAACAAGCUUACCAAGAAAGUUAAAAGACACUAGUACUCGGCAAUAACUCUCAUGCCCAGCCAGCCUUACUUACUUUUGUUCUUAAUCUUAAAGAUUUACCUCACAUAGAUUGCUUGUGUAACAGACUGCUAUAUUUUUGCUGUUUUGCUUUAAGUUUUGAGAUCUUGAUCUUUGCCCUUUCCCCUGUCAUGUGAGGAGGAAGGGCUAUAGUGGCAGGAAGAAGAGGACAGGGGAGAAGCCAUAUUCUCUAGCUCUGCAUAAAGAAAGUGUGUUCCUACCUGUUUCAAUUAUCUAUCUAAUAAAAACAGGGGAAGGCUAGUACAAUAAGUUGGAGACUCUCUGCUGCUCUGCUAGGAGAAUUAGAAGACUUUUAUUUUAUAUUCAGGUCCCUGCAGAUUCUGGAACUUUCUGCAGUAGUGUGAAUGAGCUUUUUCCUCCUGACAGCAGAAGGAAGAGAAAGAAUUGCCAUUGCUGUUCUGCUGCUGUCCUACAUUAUACUGGAUCUCUCUGGAGAUAUCUGCAGUUACAAAAGUCAUUCAAGGUACUGUCUCCAGAGAUUGCUUCAGGAUUCUCCCUUAUAACUGUAUCUGGGUAGCGGUACCUACACCUAAGGGCCCCAGUGUUGUGCACAUCAUUUAUCUGCAGGUACCUAUGAGUUUAACUGUUUAGAUGUAGUUAUUGAUGUUAUUAAGGGCAUUUUGUUGUCUGCAUUCCUGCUGUUAAAGACUCUUGUGACUGUAUCAUUCCUAUAUCUGGGACUUUAUCACGAUUUAACAUUAGCCAGGACCUGCCUUGUUAUGGCUGUUAUAUGUGUCUCUUUUUAUCCACAAUCCUGUGUGUAUUUUAAUGUCUGUAUUUAUUUCAUGUCUCUGAGGUAUUAUUAAGUGGAGAUUACUAAUCUACUCAGUGGGGUGGGUUCCCCAUGAAUAGAAGUUGCACUGAGUGUAGGGACUGUGUUAGAACAAGAUGUCUCGAUCUUCCAACUAUAGCGGAGACUCAGGAUCCCUGUCAGUGACAGAAUAAGCUGUAACUGCUGCUAACUACGGCUUGUUGCCAGGAGCAGGGCAAAAAGGGGUUACACUUGUGUUUCAAAUUACAGUUUUUGACACCUAGUCAGACAGGACGGCCUGUCUUGUUUAUUAUUAUUAUUUUAUAUUAUUUUCAUAAAAAUUGUGUGAUUACUUAAUAUGCCCGCCGAUGUAUCAGUUUAUAUGAUAUUUCUAGGUUUGCGGUUGCUGUUGUGACAUUGCACGCUUGUUUGUACUCACACUGCAAAAAUGAAGAAUCUAAAAAAUAAAUUAAUUACAAAUAAGUAUAAGAACAAACUAUUUAUUUUUGUAAAUUUAAAUAAAGACUAUUUAGUUAUAAUGCUCAGGAUCCCUGUCGGCGACAGAAGAAGGUGUAACUGCUGCUAACUUUAGCUUAUUGCCAGGAGCAGGGCAAAAAGGGGUUACAGAUGGAGGCACUGCUAAGAUGAAUUGGGAUUUCAAAAUUGUUAAAAAAAUCCAAUGUCUCAGCCCCAAAAAGUCAGGGACUGGGCCAGGAAGAAAUUCAUGCCCCCUAAUCAAGUAGUAGCUUUGUGUAACAUGCCUCUCAACCUGGAGAGGACAUGUUCUGAUGAUGCCAUUUGACAGAUCCCAGGGUUACAGAAAUUAUGCCUUAUACAGACACAGAAGGAUGAGAAGGCGAGGGUGGCUGUUGCUCUAGAGAGGAGUCAUAGGCCACUAAAUAAAGAAGAUUGUCCUAAGUAUUUACGGUUGCCAAAGACUCAGGUCCCUGGAAGUCCUCUGAUUUAUGCUCAAGAUAAGUCAGAAGAAGAAAGUGACCCCAAUGAUGGGGACAGUGAUCAUAUAUUUGGUAUCCCUCCUAGGAGAAUAAUUAUGACUGAUACUGAAGGAGAAGACAGUGAUGAACAUGCACAAUAGCAUCUGAAACUGACCAAAAGCAGCAGGACCCAUAGGAAGCUUCCAAGUGUUCCCAAGUCAGAAUACAGACGAGAGCCUUUCCCUAAAUGAAGUCUUAACUCAGUUAUCUAAAAGUGUCCAAGCAUCUAAUGAGCAUAAUUACAAGAGACUUAAAGUUUUCUCUGGGGUUAUGCCAGUGCCAACUGGGGAAGAAGGAUUUGUUCUGUGGAGAAGUAAUGUAACCCAGGCACUAAAGGAGUGGACUUGUACUGAAGAGUCCAAGUCACUGAGGUUGAUCGAAGGCCUAGAUCUUCUGCAGAUCUUCUGCACUAGAAUUAAUAAAGUGUCACUUACUACGCUUCCCAAAUUAUCCUGCUGGUGAUCUUUUAAAGGGACCAAGCAUGUCAAACUCAAAGGCUAGCAAGGACCAAAUAAACAAGGUAUCAUUUUAUGUAUACCACAAAAAAACUAAAACUUAUAUUUUCAUAAAAACGUAUGUUUAUUUUGAAAAGUACAGUAGAAAAAAAACAGCGGCCACCUCUACUAAACCUCCUGUCCCAUGUCUACUAAACCCCAGUCCCCUCAUCUACUAAACCCCAGCCCUCCCUCAUCUACAAAAUCCCAUUCCACCCUCAUCUACUAAAUUCCAAUCCCCCCUCAUCUACUAAAUCCCAGCCCACCUUCGUCUACUAAAUCCCAGUCUCCCCCUCUACUAAAUCUUAGUCCCCCCUCAUCUACUAAAUGCCAGUACCCAUGUCUACUAAACCCCUGCACCUUUAAAAAAAAAAAUACCAAAAAAAACCAUUACCCAACAAGCAGUGUUCGGCCUCUGGUAUAACCCCAAUGGCCCCAUCCUGCACCACCUUAAAAAAGCGGAUCCUCCCAUUACUCUUUGAAACCCUAACACACACUCAAUGAGACACACUCACUGACAUUCACACAGAAUCACUCCGAUACACACAUACGCUCACAUAUACACACAUUCACUGACAUCCACACACUGACAGACACACAGGUUCCCUCACAGACAGACUCACUCACAGAAAAAACACAAUCACUCACAGGGUCCCUUACAGACACACACUGACAUACACACACUCAAUCAAUCAAUCAAUCACACAAACACACACACACACAGCCAUGCACACAGGCAGGCAUGCACACAGACAGCUAUACACAUAAACAGCCAUACACACAGACAGCCAUGCACACAGACAGUCAUACACACAGACAGCUAUACACACAGACCGUCAUACAGACAGCCAUGGACACAGACUCAAAGACAGCCAUGCACACACACACACAGACAGCCACACAUAUACACAGACAGCCAUAUAGACAGGCCUUGGACAUAUACAGCCAUACACACAGACAGCCAGGCAAACAGCCAUACACACAAACACACAGACAGCCAUACACACACACAGCCAUACAGACAGCCAUGGACCAAGACAGCCAUACACACGGACAGCCAUGCACGCAGACAGCUAUACACACACAGACAGCCAUAUAUACACACACAGACAGCCAUAUACACAGAGAAAGCAAUGCACACAGACAGCCAUGCACACAGACAGCAAUACACACACACCAAUACAGACAGCCAUACACACACAGCCAUACAGAUAGCCAUACACACACACACACAGACACACACAGACACACCCACACAGACAGCCAUAUAGACAGGCCUUGGACACAUACAGCCAUACACACAGACAGCCAUACCAUCAGCCAUGUACACAUGCGCAUAGAGCUGGGGGUGCACAGGCAGUGAGGGAGCGCUGAGUGUAAGCUCUCCCUGCUAAGCGCACCACAGAGUGCUUCCGUGAGCCGGAGUGACGUCAUAUUCCAGCUCCUGGCAUCAAUGCGGGGAGCUAAGUAGGGAGAGCUUACACUCAGUGCUCCCUCGCUGCAGCCCACGGGCCACAAACAUAUUAGUUGUGGGCCGCAUGCGAGUUUGACAUGCCGUGUUAGACCAUACUUAUGGUGAGGAGAUAAAGAGGAAGAGCUCCGGUUACAAUAUUCUGCCAUGGUUCAACAGGAGAAGAAACCCUCACCUCCUAUCUCAUACAAUUAGAAUUAAUGCUAGGAAAGUUGUUUGAGAACAAUGUUAUCACAUCCGAUAAGUAUAGUGAAUAUAGAAGGAGGCAUGUUCUAAGAGGAACUCUACCAAAUGAUCCUAUAGCUUUGGUCAUCCUUCUAUGUGCUAAGGGUUGUUGGAUUAUGCUAAAACAAUGAAAGAAGCCAAAAUAAUUUGACCAUAUCCUCAAGCAACAUGAUGGCAUAAAGAAAUCAUCAUCACAUGAAUAUCAGAAAGCACCUAAGACUAACUUACCAACAGCCAUAUUAAACAGGAAAGAGACCAUAGUUCAAAGCUCUUGGAAAGGAAGAAAGAAGUUCUCUGGUGACAACUUGGCUGGGAGUUCUAGAGUAGGACCAAAAUCCCUUGUAUCUCUUGUGAUUGAAGGCAUCCAUGCUUCUGUCCUCCUAGACACUGGGUCUCAAGUAACAAUAGUCUUCCAGUCUUUCUAUGAGGAACAUCUAAGCCAUUUGCCAAUGUUACCCGCAGAUGAUGUGAAUUGUGGGGGCUAGGUUCUCAGACUUACCCCGUUGAGGGAGUAAUUAAAGUACAGAUUGUGAUUCCUCAAUUGGACACUGGGAAAGAAUGCCCUACACAUGUGGAGGCUUUGGUGUGCCCAAAUCUAAAUUGUCAUAUUGUCAUAUUGGGGACUAAUACUCAGAUGGUGAGAGACGUGUUUUGAGUUUACUUGAAAGAAAUGGGCAAUGCCUGCUUAAACAAAUUUAAUGAACUAGAACCACCUCUGAGGCAAGAAUGUCACGGACUAGCUCUUGAAGCUGGAACAGGUCAGUUCCAUUAUUGGGGGCCAACGCCUGUGUCAGUUUUGCCUCUAGUCUCUUCCUGAAGAGGAUUCAAUUAAGGCUGGACUAUCAUGCCCGAGGUAAAAGAUUGGCUAAGUAAGAAAAUUGAUGUGUUUGCAGUAACCAUUCACAAUCACUCACCAAUUGAUGUAUGCAUAGAACAUUGCCAGAAGCUAGGAGUGAUCAAUCUUUUGGAAGAUGUAAGUCCCAUUUCAUCUCUGCCAGUUGGAUUGAGACAAUAUUCUGUUCAAGGGUUGAAAUUUGAUUUAGAAGGUAUCAGUCUACCUGCAGAAUGGAAAGAUAGAUUACAAAGGCUCUUCAGGCUAGAGAAGAAGUUUUCUCUAAAGGGUAUAUGGACAUAGGAUGUGCCAAGAGUUCUCAGCAUGCCAUUUGGCUAAAUGAUUCUACCCCAUUUAGAGAGAGAUCUCGAAGGAUAGCUCCUCACAACACUGAAGAUGUAAGGGAUAUCCUUCAUAAAAUGGAGGAAGCAGAGAUUAUUCAGGAAUCAAGAAGCCCAUGUGCAUCACCUAUAGUGGUGGUCAGAAAGAAAAAUAGGUCAGUACGUCUUUGUGUUGAUUACUGUACACUGAACAAUAGAACUAUUCCUGAUCAAUAUACCUUGCCAAGAACAGAAGAUUUUAUGAAUGCCUUGAAUGGCAGCCGGUGGUUCACUGUCUUUGACCUUCGCCCUGUAUACUAUCAAGUCCCUAUGAAGGUGGAGGAUCAAGAAAAAACCUUUAUUUGCUCUGUAGGAUUCUUCCAAUUUACUUGCAUGCCUCAAGGUGUUUCAGGAGCUCCUGCAACUUUCCAGCGAUUAAUGGAGAAGACUCUAGGAUAUAUGAGCCCUAGGGAAUGUCUAGUUUAUCUGGACAAUGUAAUUGUAUUUGGAAAAAACCAUGAAGAGCAUGAAAAACAUCUGUUAAUGGUAAUAGAUCGUCUACAAAGGGAAGGCCUGAAGUUGUCUCUUGAUAAGUGUAAAUUUGCUCAGACUUCUGUAACAUAUGUUGGACACAUUGUAUCAGCAGAUGGUGUUGCCUCAGACCCAGACAAAGUAGAAGCAGCCAUCAACUGGCCUACGCCCAACAACAUUGAUGAAUUGCGUUGGUAACUAAGCUUCGCUGCAACUAUCCUGUGGUAGUGUCUGACAUCUAAUGAAUAAUUGCCUCUCAAUGCUCAAGCCUCAAUUUCUCAGAGGCAAAAUGUAGAUGUCGGUGGAAAACUAGUCAAGUAUUACCUAAGGUAGCUAAGAUGUCUAUUGCUGCGGUAUGCGGUAGUAACAUGCUGACAUCUUUUGGUAUAUUACAAUGCUACCCGAGCCCCUAUUUAUUUUAAUGUAUUCACAUUUAUUCACACUUAUUUUCUUUUCCUUUUAUAAUUUUUGCUUAGGUGCACAUAUUGCACCUAUUUUACUCAGUGAAAUAAAAGUUAAGUUUUAGUACAUUGCUUGUUCUCACAUAGAUAGAUAUGAUUUUAGAGAUUUAUUUUUGGUUUUUGUUCUUGUUUUUCUAUUUGAAUUUACUAUUUAGGGGUUACCUCCCCAUUUUUUCAUAAAUCUCCCUAGUACCUAUCUUUACGCCAUUGUUAUAUAUUGGCUUCUCUUUUUUUCUUUUUGCAUUUUUGCUCGAUAUGCUCAAGCCUACUCCACCAAGGGUCAGAAGGGUACAGUCGCUAAAGUGUUAGGGCAGAAAUUCUUUACCCCUUAUGGGUUUCCUAAACAAUUACAUUCUGUCCAAAGUCAAGAUUUUGAAAGCAGAAUAAUUAAAGAAAUGCUGAGACUGUUACAGAUUAAGAAAACUAGAACAACUCCAUAUCAUCCUGAAGGAGAUGCUCUUCUGGAGAGAUUCAAUAAAACUCUAUUGGAUACGUUUUCUUCUUUUGAAGUUCACACUGUCCGCCUAUUUAAACCCACUCCUUUAAGAAUUGCUAUCAUCUACCACCCCCCCUGGUUAUCCUAGACUAUUCAUUGAGCACUUUUCUUCCUGGCUUCCCCACUUCCUUUCAUCUAGCACUCCUUCCCUUAUACUUGGGGAUUUAAAUAUCCCGAUCAAUAACCCCAAUUGCACUGAUGCCUCUCGUCUGCUUUCUGUAACCUCCUCCUUUGGCCUUACGCAAUGGUCCAAUCUAGCAACCCAUGCAGCAGAAAAUACUCUUGAUCUUGCCUUCACCAACCUCUGUACUGCCUCUAAUCUCUCCAAUAUUCCCUUUCCUCUAUCUGACUACCAUCUGCUGACUUUUGACAUUGGCAUACCCAAGACCCAAUUAACACCACCGUCUGAACAUCACUCUCACAGAAACCUCCAAUGUCUUGACCUAGAGCAUUUCUCUACUAAUCUCCAAACUCUCCUUUUACCUAUCUCAAACCUCACCUGUCCUAGUUCUGCAACCUCCUUCUACAAUUCCACCCUCUCCUCUCAACUAGACAUCAUGGCACCUUGUACAUUUAAACGCCGCAGGCCCCCCCAACAAUAACCCUGGCACACCAAGCUCACUCGAUACCUCCAAAAAUGCUCCAGAACUGCUGAACGCUGUUGGAGAAAGUCUCACUGUGCAUCUGACGAGCUCAUACAGCUUGGCUCGUUACUCUGCAAAAGUUAAUUACUUCAAUACACUCAUAACCACACUCUCCCGCGAACCCAAACGACUAUUUCACACAUUUAACUCUCUUCUUCGCCCUACUGUUCCUCCUCCACCUACUAACUUGACCGCCUCAGACUCUGCAACUCACUUCACUGACAAGAUCUCUACAAUCAGAGAAGAGAUAUCUCAUCUUUCUUCUUCGCCUUACAAUACUUCCCCUAACUUCACUCCCUCUGCUGUUCUAUGUUCAUUCGCACCCGCUACAUUAGAAGAGGUUUCUGCUCUGCUCCAGUCCUCCCGCCCCACCACCUGCUCCCUAGAUCCAAUUCCCUUGCACCUCAUCCGUACUUUGUCUUCUUCUCUUUCUCCACCUCUCACUUAAAUUCUCAAUCUCUCUCUCUCCUCUGGUAUAUUUCCAUUGCCCUUCAAACAUCCAACUGUAAGCCCAAUUCUAAAGAAGCCCAAUCUUGACCCUAACUCCCCAAUCUAACUAUCGUCCUAUCUCGCUACUGCCUUUUGCAUCCAAGAUCCUUGAAAAAAUUGUGUAUGCGAGAUUAACAGACUUCCUCGAGUCCAACUCUCUGCUAGACCCGCUUCAGUCUGGUUUCCGCGCUAAGCACUCUGUGGAAACAGCACUGACCAAAGUAUCCAAUGAUCUACUCGCUGCAAAAUCUUGUGGUCACUACUCUAUCCUAAUUCUCCUUGACCUGUCUGCGGCUUUUGACACUGUUGAUCAUCAACAGCUUCUUCUCAUCCUCCGCAAUAUCGGUCUACAAGAUACUGCUCUCUCCUGGUGCUCCUCCUACCUCUCCCAGCGCUCUUUUAGUGUUUCUUUCUCUGGCUCUGCUUCUUCGCCCCAACUCUUCUCUGUUGGUGUCCCCCAAGGUUCAGUCCUUGGUCCCCUACUGUUCUCCAUCUAUACUGCCUCCCUUGGUAAACUCAUUAGCUCCUUUGGCUUCCAAUAUCAUUUCUAUGCAGAUGACACGCAAAUCUAUCUGUCCUCUCCUGAUCUCUCCCUGUCCCUCUUGACUAGUGUCUCUGACUGCCUCUCUGCUUUUUCUAACUGGAUGGCUGCCCACUUCCUUAAACUAAAUUUGACCAAAACUGAAAUUCUGGUCUUUCCUCCCUCAAGUGUUGUUACUCCUGUGUCUGUCUCCCUCCAAGUCAACAGUGCUACCAUCAGCUCCACCACGCAGGCUCGUUGCCUAGGUGUUCUCUUUGACUCCGACCACUCCUUCAAGCCUCAUGUUCAAUCUAUCGCCAAAUCCUGUCAUUUCCAUCUCAAAAACAUUGCGCGCAUCCGCCCCUACUUAACGCCAGAUGCGACUAAGGUGUUGGUCCAUUCCACUGUCCUUUCUCGCCUUGACUACUACAAUCCACUUCUCAGUAGUCUUACGUGCUCCCAACUAGCGCCAUUACAGUCCAUAAUGAAUGUGGCGGCGAGGCUCAUCUUCCUGUCCGCCCGCACCUCCCAUGCCUCACCCUUCUGUCAGUCCCUACAUUGGCUGCCUAUAAAAUAUAGAGCUCAAUUUAAAAUUCUGGUUCUUGCUUUCAAAUCUCUACAUAAUGCUGCUCCUACCUAUCUAUCCUCCCUUAUACACAAGUAUGUCCCGUCUAGGCCCUUACGAUCUGCUGAAGACUUACGUCUAUCUUCUGUCCGUACUCCCACCUCACCGCUCACCCAGUCUACACUUCAAAAAAUCGUUAAAAACCCACUUCUUCAUAAAAGCGUAUCAAUUAAACUGUCAAUAGCUCCUGACUGAUUCCUCUUCUGCAACUGUCAUUAGUCUAAUACUAUCCUUACCUUUUUGUGUCAUUUUACUCCACUCCCUCUAGCAUGUAAGCUCAUUGAGCAGCGCCCUCAACCCCUCUGUUCCUAUGUGUCCAACUUGUCUGGUUACAACUACAUGUCUGUUCGUCCACCCAUUGUAAAGCGCUGCGGAAUUUGAUGGCGCUCUAUAAAUAUCAUAAUAAUAAUAAUAAUAAUAAUAAUGUUAGGCACUCUUAAAGAUGUAGAGAAGAGGAAUUGGAGUCAACAUGUAGAAACUCUGGUCCACGCUUAUAAUUGUACCAGACAUGAAUCCACUGGGUUUUCCUCUUACUUUUUGAUGUUUGGCCGGGAGACAAGAUUGCCUAUUUAGAGAUAAAGUACUCUUGAGAAACCUGGGAGUGUCAGGAAAGCAUAAAUUAGCAGAUCGCUGGAGAGACACUCUCUUAUUUCCAAAGUUCCCGGGAUUCCUAUGUAUAGAAUAAAAGGGCCUGAGGGUAGGAUCAAAGCUUAGCAUAAAAAUCACCUAUUACUAAUUGCUCUCUCUGGUAAAAAUUCUAAUUUAGAGGAAAACACUGGUGAAGCCAAUAGGAAUUCCAGCAAACAGCCUCUCUUAGAAACUGACUCAGAAGACAGCCCCGGAGAAGGUCCUAGCGGGAAAUCGCCAACUAAUGAUAAAGAAGAAGCUACUGUUUCUAGCCCUGAAAGAGACAGGCGUACAGAGCCAGAAAUACAGUUGGUCCCUUCUACAUCUGCUCCCUCUCCUUCUUCCUUAUCAUCUGGAUUGAAUCCUGAAAGUCCCAGCUUUGUCCCUCAUUCACCAGUUAGAGACUCUAACUCUAUGCGAGGAUCUGGACCUCUGUCUAUCUGA